AGAGCUGUUUGAGAGAAAAAGUAUACAGAAAGUUUGUAGACCAUUAGAUUUGGACUUGACUGAAUGUUCGUUAUGCGAUGGAGUAGUUUUUGAGUCGACAAUUAGAGGUAAGUUUCUAAGAUAUUUCUUUCAAAUUUCAUGUGACGUAUUGCUGUGCAUAAUGCAACAAAGCGGACCGGUGAACUCUCGUUUCCCUUCCCUACCUGUGUCUGUUCCCUGAAUGUCAACAAUCGCGCAUUUAGAUGCGCCAAGGACGAGAAUCGCAAUGAAAAUUUGAUAUACGUGAGAAAUGAAAUAGAAAUAUGACAGAGUUUUGAUUAGAUUCUUUAUAUUACAUAAGUACACGAUAACUGCGAUUUGCCGUUGAGGAACAGGUCCAGCAGGUCUACCUGUCGAAUUAUAGUCUGUAUCAGGGAAGUGGCCAUUUUUCACACCUGGUGUUGACAGGCGACACAUUCCAUUCCAUCUACUGUAUUACUGAUUCUGAUCUUCUGUGAUGUUAAGCGUAGUGGACUUGUGUGACAGGCUUCUUGAAAAUGAAUUGGAUGAAUCUGAUUGAUAAACUUUUUAUUGUUAAGCUUGCUCAGAGUGAUGGCGUAUCAGAGUGGUGUUGCCCCCAACUUGUCAAGGCAGGGGAGCCACCACUCACUCCAGGGUCCCCCAGACUUUAAUCCAUAUGCCUCUCAUCACCGACUCCAUCCGACCAAUCUCAGCCAAUCGGUUCGUCAUGAUCCGCAGAGUCAGUCCCAGAUUCUGGGCCACAUGACUGGACAGACUCAGUCACAGAAUCCUCACAAAUAUGUGUCUCAGCCAAAUCUUUCUCACAGUAACCCAGACAGAGAGCACUAUGGUAGCCAACAGAUUUCUCCUAAACCAAUGUAUCAGCCAAUCAGGUCGCACGAACAAUCCAGUAAGCCAGCGUAUCGACCAAUCAGACCUGACGAUAGUCAGGUGAACGAAUCACAGUUCAGUAGUCAACAAAACUUGGCAUCACCAACCAAUCAAAAGCCACAUUAUCAACCAAUCAGACCAAAGAGUACUGAAGGAUCAAACUUAUCCAGACCAAUCAGCCUUCAAAACUUGAGUCUGAACCAGCAAUGGAACUUAGUUCGUAGUGAGAGCCAGAGAUCUGUGUCUGGUCAAAGACCAAAAGUUCAAAACUAUGCACAAAAUCAACCAUCCCCAUCCUCACCUCAAAGCCAAAGGCCACAGUAUCCUGAGGAAGCUAGUCCACAAUCACCACCCCCCAACUAUCCACCCAAUCAACCAAUCACUAGACAAGAGACAGAGGGUCCCCCACCCUAUCAAAGAGAGCCAGAACAAAUGACAGUCUCCCACCAAAGCCCUCAGUACUCUUCACAACAGAAUGGAUAUUCCACCCAUGACUCCAGGAGGUCGCUAAAGUCACAGAUCUCGCCUUAUCCUGCCAGGAAGGAAGCCCCGACAAGUCCACCGCACACCACCCCCAUGGUAUCUCGUAAGGGUAGUGAGUAUUCACACGCUCAGCGCAGUACGCGCACUCAGCAGAGCACUCACAGUCAGAUGUCCUUGGCCAGCUCGGGGAGUGGAGCUCACCCGAUUCCAGAAGCUCGAGGAAUGGAGGCAUCUCACAUCAUUGAAAUCCUCAAGAAACCAAUUGUAUACCUGACAGGAGGGAGGGACCGACAGGGAGGUCCAGUGCUGACUUUUCCCCCUCAUCCUGCCAAACCAAACUUCAACUCGCACGACAUCACUAUCUGUCUCAAGUACCUGUCACAGAUACCCAGCGAGGAGUCAAAGAGACGUGGAUUUACCGCCAUUGUUGACAGCAGAGACGGGUCUUGGCAGAACUUGGUCACAGUUCUGGGCUGUCUGAAACAAUCACUGGGGGAGUAUAUGAAGCAGGUGCUUGUUCUAAAGGCCGACCAACAGACAGAGAGACGAUCAAGUAGUAGUAGUUUCAGAAGAGACAGAAACAACCCAAACUUGGAGCCUCAGUUUGUGAAUCUACAAAGAUUGUACACAUACGUGGACAAGAAUCAGCUAACCCAGAGCUACGGAGGGUUGCUAUGGUAUCAUCACCAGGAGUGGCUCCAGAACAGAAUUGAUCUGGAAAAAUUCAUCAGGGAGUCUCGAGCAGCCUCCUCUCACCUGGACGAUUCCGAGACUGAGAUCCACCAGGUGUAUUCCCAGAAGGACCUACUGACCAGUCCACUAGAAUCACUCCGUCAACACAGAUUCUUCCAGGAGUCCAUCAUGAACGUACCCACCCAGGUCAUCCGAGACGGUCAUGACCUUUUAACCCGUUUGAAAAGACCUGGAAACUCUGAGGAGGACACAGCAAGUACUUUAGAUAACUUGGAGGACCAGAAACAAGUCAAGCGGUUGAUCACGUACCUCGAGAAUCGUGUGGAUAAGUUACAGAAUCUGCUAGAGGACAGAGACCGCUCACUUAGUCUCAAUCUAGAGUACGAGGACUUCCAGAGGAAUGUCAGAAAUGUUGUGACUUGGAUCCUUGGCCCUGGAGAGAAGUUACUGGCCUCUCAGGUUGGCAUUGGAGAUUCCUACGAAGCAGCUGAGGAACUGAGGAAGAGACACGAAGAAAUGGAGAUUAAAUGCACGGACACCUAUGGACAGUAUGCUGAACUGAGACACACAGCUGAGGAGCUGAUUAACGGGGAACACACAGCAGCACCAGACAUCAAGUCCACACGGGACUACAUGGAUACAGUGUGCCGAAGCUUCGCUAGUCGACUGGAACGUCGUCGCACACUGUUGAUCACAUCCGUCAGAUUCCACAGACUGGUUGAAGAGUUUUCUGUGAAGUUGGAUGACCUACUUGAGAUGUUGUGUAGUGAGAUCGAGGCUGAGGAUGUGCCGUCUGCUGAGGCUGCUAUUCAGAAUCUCAUAGAAAAAUGUGAAAACAUAGACAAUUUGGCCCAGCGGACGUUGAAUGAUGGGCAGAGCUUGUUGGAUGAAAUGUCCCGUCCAGUUAAAAAUGCUAUGGGUACAGAUAUCACUCCGGACUAUGCAUCUCAGAUCAAACACAUUCAGAAAAAACUGGAAGACCUGCAAGAAAGGAAAUUACGCUGCGAUGAACUUUCUGACGUCCGCAAAAUCAAACUACAACAGAUUCUUCAACUACGCACUUGUGAAAGGGAUGCUGACCAGGCCAUUGACUGGAUUCUGGAGCUGUGUGAUGUCAUGGCAGUCACUCAUACCAGCAUGGGAAGCACCCAGGAGGAGGCGGAGGACCUCCAGAUGGAGCACAGGAAGUUUGAGACGACCGCUACUGGUACUUAUGAGUAUGGUAAGCAGUUACUACAGGCGGGCCUGGUUUUACGUCGGUCAUUGCGAUAUGACUUACUCCCCAAUAAUGAGAGGUCUUAUCGGCUAGAGGAAGCUUGGAAACGAUUUUCACAGGGCACCAACGAACGAGCCAACAGACUCACUGUGUCGGCCAUGUUUCUGGCCUCAGCUGAUAAGAUUUUAAGUCGAUUGGAUGACCUUUUGAUCACGAUCUCUUGGACAAUGUCAGGGGAGGCCACCGUACCAGAUGUCCUGAGUCAGUACACGCCGGUCAAAGGUCAGGUAGAGAAAGACCACCAGGAGACUGAUCGCAUGGGCCGGGCUCUGCUGGAGAGGCUUGCCAUGCCCAUCAUACUGACAGAAGGGAAAGAGAAGACAAUAAGCUUAGAUGAUCAUGAAGCAGUUGAAGUGAUUAGCAGCAAACUGAACAAAAUGGAUCAAAAACUCCAUGACCUCAAUCGAUACUGGACAGAAAUGAAGAAGACAAAGAUGCCACCAUCGGUGUUGCAAUACGGAGAAUCUCGCAAACGUCAGCCAGCCAGAACAAAAACUUUCUCAGGGUACGACAUCAAUAAAAACAAGUCGCAACCCUCUCAGAAAAGACAGCGUAGGUCAACAUCAGACCUUGGUGGUCAGCCUAUUGAGCGUGAAAGGGCAGCCAGGACUCGAGCAAAGCCCAAGCCCCCAGAGCGAUCUGGUUCCCUUCAUCACAAUGUUAAGCCUCCUGUGAGGGAGGGGCUGGUAACCAGUAGCUACAGUCGACCUGUCAACGCUGGAUCCCAGAGUCUGCCCAGGAAUUUCAGACCUUCAUCCCCAGACACCCUCAAACAACAACUGGAGGAGGGAGCAGAAUGGAUUCGAGUGCGAGUCCACCAAAUGGAGCCCGAUCUCACAGAUGUGGGUUCGACCCUGGAGGAGGCCCUACAACUCAGACAAGAACACAAUGAAAUGCUCGCUAAACUCAAGAGCAAGGAGGACGAAAUCAAGAACAUCCUGGCUAGUGCGGAUGCCUACGCUGUGGAAAACCGCUCACAAGCUGACGUGUACGCAGCAAUGGCGGAGACUCUGAACGAGGCCUGGAGGGAACUCAACAUCAAACUCGACCACCGCUCCAUGCUGCUGGACCAGAGCAUUGCGUUCCACCAAAGUGCUCAGGACUUUGCUUCCAAGAUGGAGCAAGCUCAGGGUAAAUUUACCAGCAUGCUGCCGACUCAGGAUGUAAACUCCGCGAGACAUCUGCUUCAACAGCACCAGGAUAUCAAAAAGAGUAUAUUGGAAUCAUCCCAAAGUACCUUGCAACAAGGUCAUUCGCUUUUGGAGCGUAUUCGUGAAAUGGGUAUGCAUGCGGACCUACAGAACCGUCACGCAACAACAGCUGCGUGUUACGGCAUCGAACACCUACUGGAACUACUACAAGACCGAAGACGACGACUCGAAGAAAUAUGGGAACAGCGCAGAUUCCGUCUAGAGCAGUGCCUACAAUUGUGCCAGCUCGACCAGGAAACCAACAAGGUGCUUGACUGGUAUAGAACGACGGGGUCUGCCUACCUACACAGGACUGAUCUGGGAGAUUCUCACCACCACUCCCAACUCAUACAGGAAGAACAUUACAGAUUUGAAACCCAAGCACGGCAUGUCCAAGAGAACGUUCUGCGGCUGGUCCGUAAAGCGGAUCAACUUCUCCGCCGCACGAAUUUGGAUGCCGAGGGAGUAAGACAAAGACUACAGACUGUGGAUCAUGAAUGUGAAAACUUCAUGGUCCGCCUAGACACCAAGAGAAAAAACAUUUCGAUGGCUCUAUCCUUUUUCGAUCUAGUUGAGAAGGCUCUUACGACACUUGACCAGAUCGAGGUCCAGCUUAACACCAUGGACCUCCCUAGAAACAGCGCGGAGCUUGCAGACCGUCAUGCCCAGUUGUCUAACGUCAUCGUGGAAGCCUCCACUCCAGCCCUCCGAGAGGGUCGUAUCCUACUAGAAAGGGUCAGUAGGGACGACCCUGGGGCUGAUGGCGUCAGACGCAAGAUGACUCAGCUGCAGGACCGCUGCUCAGGACUUGAGUCCCUGUGUAAGGCACGGCGAGCAGAGGCCUGGGAAAGGAGCCAGACUUAUCUCAUCUUUCAAGAAAAAUACACAGAGGUUCACACAUGGUUAACCAAGAUUUGUCAGGCGACCCUAGCCAAGCACAACACCAUGGGAACCAGCCUUACGAAUGCAGAGGACUUUCUUGAAGUACAUGAACAAUUGGAACAGGACAUACGAGACAAGAAUGCGGAUGUAGAGAGUUUGUCGGAGGCAGGGGUAAACCUAGUCAAGUCAGGGGACCAGGAAUCCCAGUCUGCCGCCGAGAAGGUCGACACCCUAUGUAAGCAGAUUCAGCGUCUGCACCGCAUAGUGGAAAUCCGCAUUCAAAUCUCCAUCGUAUAUGUCACAUUUCACAAGCUUGUGCAACAGCUUACCAACAACAUGAAUGGGUUGGAACAUAUCAUAAAAUCAGAAACGGAGAAUUUACAAGACUUGACAGAAGAUGCAGUGAGACACACAGAGGAAAUGUGGACUAAGGUCACAGAAACAUACAAUCAACUGCAGGACAGAGGACAAGACUUUUUACAGAGCUCGUCCACCAUUCAGGAUGACUCUACUAUAGACAUCAGAAGCUCCGCCAACACAGUGGAGCUUAUCACGUCAGAAUACACGGAGAGGAUGACUAUGCUGAGCACGACUUACGAGUCGUGGACCACUCAUGUCAACUCAAGUCGCCAAUUUAAGACCCAGUGGCAUCAGUUUGUCCAAGAUGCCAGAAAGACAAUUGACUGGGUCAUGAAGAUAGAACGGGAAUUUUUCUAUCCUAAUUUGGCUGGUUACUUGGGUAACACUACACAAAAUGUUCAGGAAAUGCAGAAAAAAGUUGACCUUUUUACUCCUCUCUACAAGAGAGCUCAAGAAGAAAUUGAGCGCCACUUGAGCACAGCAGAGUUACUGUCCUUGAAGGGAAACACCAAGGGACAGAAGGACCAGAUCAUUAAUGAGUUGAUCAAGGUCCGACAGCGCUUCACAGCUCGAAUCCACGAGUACCAAAUACUACUGAAGAUGACUAUACAGUUCUUCAGAAACCUCGAUCAGCUUGACCGCCUGAUCGAGAAGACAGAGAAAGAAUACAUGGAGUCUGAUUUGCCAUCAGAACUUUCGCAGGCGGAGAGCCUUCUAGAGGAACACAAACGCAAAAAGCAGGAGGUCUCCAGCCUGAUCAACUACACUGCCGACGAAGGCGAGAAAAUCGUAGUACGCGUCCGACAAACGGAUGCAGAAGCUGCCGCCCAAGAUGACGUAGAACGCGUGCUGAAGGUGACGGCAGAGUACAAACAGAGAUGGAACCAGGCGUGGGAAGAACAGGAGAAACGCCUGAAGCAGAAUCUACAGAUCUGUCAGUUCAACUACGACCUCAGACAGAUCCAUUCAGAAAUAGAUGAGCUACACCAACACUUACAGGCUAGGCGAGGUAGCUAUGGCAACUCCUUGCCAGCAGCUAGGAUGAACUCGCAAGCCUUCAAACAGUUUGAAAUGACUGUUGAGUUGAUUGAGAAGAAAAUCCAAAACUUCACAAGCACAGCUGACCUGAUGGUACAGGAGCGCCAUGAUGAUGCGGUUCACAUCGACCGUGAACUGGAUCUGCUAAAAACAAAAUGGACAACAUUCCAUACCAGUGUUAGCAAUUACCGUCAGCUUCUAGAAUGCUCUGUGGAAUAUUUUAACCUUUACGAGGAGUCCGAAACUUGGAUAAAAGAAGGACACCGUUUGUUAAUGGAAAUUCAGCGGCUUAUAAAGGAGUUCCGCUCUUCUAGAGAUGCAGAGCAUCUCAUCUCUACUUUGAAUAAAUUCAUAGAAAAUGGACGUCCAAUGCAGGAAUCCAGACUACAGAGGAUGUCCGAAUUAGUCAUAGAAUUAUAUGGUGAAGAGGGACCCAGUCGUUUACAUAACUUAUUUGUACAAAAUCAGGAAAUGAUGCAAUCAUUCCAACAAGCCGAAAAUCACAUUUCACAAGUCAAAGCACAACUGAAGGACAGAGAGACGGGUCAACCAGUGGUUGAAGAAAUUCAGCCAAUGGAAGUCACUGUCACUGCCUCAAUGCCCAAAGCCACACCUCCUAAAAUCAUAAUGCCACUCAAAGACGCAGAAGUCAUGGAAGGGGAAAAAGUGACUCUGGAGUGUCAUGUUGACUCAGCCACCCAGCCUGAGGUCAUGUGGUGCAAAGACAAUCUACCUCUGAACAGCCCAGAUUACGAGACGCAGUACAAUCGAGGGGUGGCUACUCUUACCAUUGAAGAGACGUUUUCCGAGGACACAGCGAGAUACACAGUCCACGUGACUAAUGAAGCUGGGACGACGGAGUCGUCUGCUUACUUACAUGUCAGAGAAACACAUCAGCAAAUUUUGCCCCCAGAUUUCACAAAAAAUCUCAAGUCUGUUGACGUUUUGGAAAAUUCGCCCCUGUCCAUGGAAUGUCAUGUGACUGGGAUUCCGUCCCCGACCAUUUCCUGGUACCGCGAUGAUCUGAGCAUCGACAGCUCCCCAGAAUUUAUCAUCACAAAAAUUAACGGCACUUGUUGCCUCAAAAUACGGCAAGCAGCACGCCACCACAGUGCUCGGUACACGUGCCGUGCUAAUAAUCCCGGAGGUGAAGCCGCUUCCUCCGCCAGGAUCACAGUAGUCCCCAUGGAGAAACCGAUUAUUCACAAAAUGUCAGAGGAUGUUAGUAUUCCAGAGGGGAAAGGGGUGAGACUUGAGAUCCACUUUACAGGAUCCCCGACCCCCGAUGUCACCUGGUUCAGAGGUCAAAACAGAAUCAUACCAUCAGCUGUUUACAAGAUAACGAUUGAUAUCAACCGAUGCACCCUGGAAAUUAAGGAGGCAUAUCCCGAAGACUCUGGAACUUACACGGUGGUGUUGCAGAAUGCAGCGGGAGAAAUUAGAAGGUCAUGUCAUGUCACCGUGGAGAGCUUCUACUCCAGCACUGCUGAGUCAGCAUCCUUGGCCUCAACAGAAAUCGAGGCAGCCAAGCCUGACUUUAUCCAGCACCUGUCCCCUGCCAAAGAAGCCAUGGAGGGGUCAAGAGUACGACUGGACUGCAUUCUGGUCGGUCACCCAGAACCAGAGGUCAUCUGGUACAAGAACGACAAACCGAUAAAAGAGUCUAAAGACAUCCAGCUCCUGUUUGAGGGAGACCGUUGCACACUGUGUAUCAGAGAAGCCUACUUAGAAGACUCGGGUACCUACAGAAUCAUCGCCAAUAACAUUCACGGCCAAGCUGAAAGUCUCUGUAAACUGCAUGUAGAACCUCUGAGUGAAUUGAGCGAUGCCUCUAUUGGGGAGAUGUCAUCGCCACGUUUCUCCCAACCACUGCGGGAUUUCAGUGUCCAAUCUGGACACAGGGUGUGUCUGCAGUGCAGGAUAACAGGACACCCAAUUCCAGAAGCCAAGUGGUACAAAGACAACAAGCCCAUCGACAACAGCCCAGACUUUGAGAUCACAGCUUUUGCUGAUGUCCACAACUUGACAAUCCCAGAAGCCUUUGAAGAAGACAGUGGUACCUACAUGGUGAGAGCCAUGAACUUGGCAGGAGAAGCCAAGUGUUAUUGUAAACUAACUGUAAAAUCCGUCUCAGAACCCAUGGAACAAGAGGAAGUCAUGAGAAUGAAGCGUGUGGUGGAAACCAAGGAAACUAAUGUCAAUGUUCGCCGUGAGGAUGUUGAGCAUUCUCCACCGGAAUUCCAGAGACUGUUCCAAGACCUCAGUGUUAAUGCUGGGGACUCUGUCACCCUGGAAUGCAGCAUCACUGGAGCACCGAAGCCAAAGGUGACCUGGUUCUUCAAUGGACAACCUGUUGUCUCCAGAGAUUACCAGAUCACCAUGGAAGGAAACAUUCACCGGUUAUACAUCCCAGAAGUGUUUGACGAGGAUGCUGGUCGAUUCUCCAUCACAGCUGAGAAUCCAUCCGGAAAAGCCACUUGUUCCGCAGUACUCAAUGUGGAUGAGGAACCAGCUCCCAGAACUAGGAUAUUUGGAUCGACUGAAUACACCAGCAGAAGAGUCUCGCACACAGAGACAGUCAUGUCCACAGAGACGAGGAUGAGUCGUACCAUCAUGACUGCUCAGAAAGAACAACGUGCGUACAUACCAUCCACCGAGCAGCACGCCACCACCAUCAUCACCGAUGUAAAACCACAGUACGAGGUGCCACAACUCACCGCACAGGAACACUUUGCCACCACAAUUACUGCUGAUCUACAGCCCAAGUAUCAGCCAGUCGACCUUACCAUCGCAGUCCCAGUACCACCAAAGUUUGUCCAGAUGUUGAAAAACAUCCAGGCCAUGGAGGGAUCAAAGGUCACUUUUGAAGGAGUUGUUACUGGCAAACCAGAGCCUACCAUCAAAUGGUUCAGAGAAAAUCGUGAAUUGACAGAUCAAGCUGACUUUGAGAUUUCCUAUAAAGAUGGCCGUGUGAGUCUGACCAUUCCAGAAGUCUUCCAGGAGGAUGCUGGACAGUUCACCUGCACAGCCAAGAAUUUGGCAGGAAGUGCCACCAGCUCAGCGGAGCUCAUCAUCAGAGCUUCUGUUAUCCCACCAUCAUUCACCCAGAAACUACAGAGCCAGGAUGUUGGUGAAGGAGCUCCUGUCCGGUUCACCAUCAGAGUGGCCGGUCAGCCUGCCCCACAGGUCACCUGGUACAAGGAUGGCACCAAACUGACCAGCUCAAGAGACUUCGAGAUAGUACAAGAUGGAGACAUUCACUCCCUGUACAUACCAGAAGUGUUCUAUGAAGAUGCAGGCAAAUUUUCAGUCACUGCCCAAAAUCCUGCUGGCAAGACCCAGUGCCAAGCUGAACUCAGAAUUCAAGCACCCAUGGAGGAAGUCAUCUCUCCGGUGCAAAAACCGAAGGUGCAGAUGCCUUAUGGAGAACCGACUGCAUCACCAAAGUUACAACGACCAUCCGAAUUCAUGAAGAAAGACAUAUCUCCCAAGACUCGUGCCCCUGCAGAGCCUCAGAAGUUCACAGAACAGAUGGAAAUGGAGGUGGCAGGGGAUAAGAAACUACCGAUGUUUGAACAGAGAUUUAAACUUUUCCAGAAACCUGAAGAGACAGCUCCACCAAGACAGGUGUCUGAGGUGUCUUACAAACCAGCAAUCACCCCCAAACAACCACCCAAAUUUACGAAGAGAUUACAAGAUAAGACAAUCAAGGAGGGAGAAAGAUUAAUCUUGGAAGUUCAUGUGGAGUACAAAGGACCAGAACCCAUCGUGAAGUGGUACCGGGAGGGGCUAAUCAUCAGAAACUCCCCGGACUACCAGAUCACAUUAGAGAAUGGCCGAUCCCAGCUGUCGGUGGCUGAGGUCUUCCCAGAAGACACUGGGGUGUAUAAGUGUGUGGCCGCCAAUGCUGAUGGUUCUGACUCCACAGAGGCCAUGCUCCGAGUCAUUGCACCAUCCCCAUCUCAGUAUGAGAAGAUGCCAAUUGAUGAGAGGCCAGAUGUUGCUACUCACGUACCGAUGGAGGAGGAAAGAGUUCCGUCCCCUGUAGAGCCACAUCAGCCCAUAUUCCUGGAAACUCCCCAGGACUUCAGACUGGUAGAGGGAACCAAUGCCAUCUUUGAAUGCAGCAUCUCUGGCAAACCAUUCCCAGAAAUCACCUGGAGGAAACGGGGAUUCCCCAUUAGAAAUGACGCAAGACACAGAAUUAGCAUUGAUGAGUAUAAUGGUCGCUGCUCUCUAGUCAUCUCUAACUGUAAAGCAGACGAUGCUGGAGAUUACACAUGUACAGCCAUCAACUUUGCAGGAGAGACCAACUCCACAGCCACACUUCUGCCUGCUGAGGUAAAACCACCACCUCCACCACCAGCUCCUGAACUUCCAAAGACCCAACCACCAUCAUGGCAACAGAAACCAUGGCAACAGAGGACAGAACCACCAGCCAAGAAACCAUGGCAACAGAAGGAGACCCAGCCUUCCUGGGCUGCUGUGACAGACCAGUUUACCCAUGGAGAGGUCCCCCACAGGUCAGACAAAGGAUUUGUCACCACCCGAUCCGAGAGAAUUUUGGAGAGUAACCUGGAGUACAGGAGGUCACAGGAACCGGAAGAACGACCAGUCACUUCAGCAGCAGACUUCCAGCCUGCUGGUUUUGAGGAUAGACUCAGGCAACAGAACUACAUCAAGGAUGGAAGGAUCAAAUUUUCUAGUGAGACUGAAACAUCUCAGUCUGAAUACGAGUCUGAAAUUGACCGCUCACCUGUGGCUCAACCAAGUCCACCCCAAAUUACUCAGAGGCUCAAAGACUUCCGCCUGAUGGAGGGAUCUGAUGCAACCUUUGUUUGCCGAAUCUCAGGGCGACCAAGGCCGAAGGUUGCCUGGUACUUAAAUGGACAUAGAAUCAAAAGAUCAAACCGAUAUGAGAUGAAAUUCACAAAAGACGGCUAUUGCACUCUGCGUAUCCGCAUGGCCCUGCCUGAGGACGCCGGACAUUACACCAUACUGGCUGUCAACAACCUGGGGAAGGACACCUGUUCCAGCAAACUUUAUGUGGACAGACUUGGAAACAUUGAUGCCACUUCAUUUGUGGCACCUGAAACCCUGGACAAAAUACUCAACCAAGACAAAAAGGAGACAGAACCAGAGGAUGAGAGUGGUAUCCUUGAGGCUCUCUCACGCCCCGUGUUUAAGAAGGCACCUGAAGACAGAGAGGUGCACGAGGGGAACACUGUCCGUAUGGACACCCUGGUGACUGGACGCCCUGUACCGGAACUCUCGUGGUUCCUUAACGGCCAGCCAGUUCACAAUGAUGACCACCACAAGAUUGUGGUGAAUGAAGAUGGCGUAAAUUCCUUAAUCAUUUUGGGAGCCUCACGUUAUGACACUGGAACAUACAAAUGUGUCGCCAAGAACAAAGCUGGAGAAAACAGCUUCACUGUGAAACUCAAGGUCAUGGAGAAAGAGCAAAUGCAACCUCCUAAAUUUGUGGAGAGAAUGCAGAACUUCACUGUCAAUGAAGGCCAGCCCAUGACCUUGACCUGCCAAGUAACUGGGGUACCUGUCCCCAUGAUCAGCUGGCAGAAGGACGGCAAGAUGUUAACCCCCUCCAGUCCAUACCAGAUCCAUACGGAGGGAGGUCGAAGCAGUCUUACCAUCCCUGCGGUCCACAUAUCAGAUGCCGCGUGGUUCCAGUGUUCAGCCACUAACAUUGCGGGCACCGCCACCACACGGGCCAAGCUUAAUGUACAGGCCCAACCAAAGAAAGUGGAACCACCAAAGAAAAAAAUUAGCAUUACCAAAGCACCCAAAAAAGUUCCCUCACCACCAACGGUUCCUCAGAUGGAACCACAUGUCUCUAGAACUAAUUCACCACCUCACUAUGAGAUACAACCAGAAGGUCUGGUUCAGCAGAUCUCGUACUCAACUGAGCGUGAGAGUGGAAUCUUGAGAUUUGUCAAAGAGGAGGACAUUUCCAGUUACAAACCUUGUGGACUGGAGUCCUCCGAGGGAGUGCCUAAGACCCAGCCCACCCCCCGAGUUCCCCCACCUACCCCUGUGUCCACCUCCGUUGAAUCCUCCCCCAUACCGAAACGAAGAAGACUUGGACAAAGACCUAUUGAUCAAGCAACAUCCAGAAAGACAAUGACUCCACAAGUACCUGCCGUCCAGCCAUUGGUAGGACCCACAGAGGAACAGCCAAUGGAAGUCGAGGAGGAAGUUCUUCCUCAGUCUGUAGCCGAAGCCAAGGCCAGAUUUGAACAAGAGGAAGAAAUCCCACAAGCCAAGCAACCUAAACACAAGAAACCAACAAAACCAGCUCAACCAGCUGCACCGGUUUUCCAACCAGUGGCACAACCUUUAGAGAUGAGACCAGCCACAGAGGUGUCCUCAUACAAACAUGUACCAGCACCGGUGGAGGGUCGUAAACCUGUGGCACCACCUCAGGAACAGCCUAAACAUGUGGCUCCUGUAGCAGCCCCAGUGGUCCCCCCUGUGCCCUCACCAUCCGUGGUACCUAAAGUACAGUCGAAGAAAAAAGUCCAGAUUUCUGACAAGACUCGCGUCAAGCCGCCAUCACCUCCGGGCUACGACAUACAAAGUGAGGGAUUUGUGCAGCAGAUUAGCUAUGCAUCCGACACAGAGACAGGAUAUCUCCGCUUGGUGUCGGAGGAUGAACUGGAUACACCAAGAGCAUCACCAGCACGCAAAGUUCCUCCGUCAGUUCCACCAAAACCAUCUAAGGAGGCGUCUCCUUUCCCAGAACAGGCCCCUAGAAUGGCCUCUCCCUCUCCAGUUCGUGUGAUCUCACAUGUGUCUGCCCCAGUUUGGCAGCCAAGGAGCGCUUCUCCUUCACCAGUGAGGCCCCAGAAAGGGGCAUCUCCAUCUCCUGUAAGAUUUGUGCCAAAAUUGACUACACCUUCACCACUGAGGUCCCCCCAGAGGGUGUCUGCGUCUCCCUCUCCGGCAAGGUCCAUUUCACCAUCUCCAGUACGUUUUGUACCCAGAGUGGCCUCGCCAGCAUCUCUCGCAAUAUGGCGGCCACCAUCGAGGGCAUCAACGUCACCUUCACCUGCAAGGUCACUGAAGGGGAUGUCCCCCUCCCCUGUACGUUUUGUCUCAAAAGUUGCCCCCUCUCCACCACCAGCACCACCGCUAUCUGUGUCGCUGACCUCAAAAUCUAAAGUGACCACACACAAACGUGUGACAAUAAAACCACCUAGUCCGGUCUAUGAGAGCCAGGAGAUUGAAUUCAAUAUUACGGGCUUUGAAUCAGCUCCAGAAAGCCACUAUGAGAUUCGUGAGGUUGGACCUGUACAGGAAAUACACUAUGUCUCUGAUACAGAGGCAGCAACAUUGAGACUUGUGGGAUACUCCACAGAGGAAGAGCCCGACAGCAGAGUGGAACAACCUUAUGGACAGCCAGAAAUUUCUCUUGCUCAGCAAGUGAAACACCAACAAUACAGGUCUGUUAAACCUCCCUCACCAAGGGAGCGCAAGAAGACCAAAAAGCAGAAAACACCAUCCCCACCGAAAGAGACAUUCAAACCAGCACCAUAUGCACCAGCAUUUGCACCACAGCUUGCACCGAAACCAGAGAAGCAGGCCCCACCAUCACUGCCUCAGAACAUGAAAGUGAAGGCCCCAGGAGUAUUCAAGCCAAGUAAACCAGAAAUUCUUCCAAAACCAUCCCCCAAACCUACCAUUUCUAAAUUGGAUGCUACUGUGGUACCCAAACCUGGCUCUGAUUUUAUAAGUACUGAGGCCAAAUUCUUUCAAAGGAAGCCAGUGGGAGUUGACAUUGAUAUUCAGGAAUCCAACAUUAAGCCUUCGGAAAUAGCCAGAUAUCAGAAGUUUGGAGACCAACCUAAAGAAUCUAAAGAUGAGACAGAUUUCAGACAGCAGGGCAUUGUUGUUACAAAAGCUGGCUUGAUACAAGAACCAUUUGAUGUAGAUCAAAAGAAAGAUAGCAUUGCACAAUACACAAAAAAGACUACUACCCAGAUUUCAAGACGAUACCAAACAGACGUAGAAGGAAGGGUUUUACCGGAGCAUCAACCAGACUACAUCUCAGCUGAUUUCAAGCCUGCAGAGGAACAACCUGUUGAGGUAGACUUGGGAAUUUAUGGUCUUGAGCCAUCUCAGCUCACAAAGAAAACUUCAACUGAGGUAUCCAAGAAAUUUCUGACUAGGGUUAUGGAAGGAAAGGAAGCCACUCAACAACCGGACUUCAUUUCAGCUCAAUACCAGCCAGGACAACCAAUGUUAGUAGACCUUGCUGUGGAUCAGUCUGGGUUAGAACCGUCUGACGUCACCAAGAAGACAUUUAGUCAGGUGUCCCAAAAAUUCCAAACUGGGGUCUCUAAAGACAUUCUCCCCUCACAGAAACCAGUGUUUAGAUCAGUGGAAUUUAAACCCAUGCCAAAGAAACCUAUAGAUGUUGAUUUAGGAAAGCCUCAACAAAGAACUGUAACACAAAUAUCUACAAAAGAAGGAGUAGAACAGCCUGGGUUAAAACCCACUGAAGUCAGCAGGAGAACUUUCAGUCAGGUGUCCAAAAAAUUCCAAACUGGAGUUGCUGAAGAGUUACCUUCCUCACAACAGCCUGUGUACAGAUCAAUGGAAGUCAAAGCCAUGCCACAGAAACCUAUUGAUGUUGAUUUAGGAAAGCCUCAACAAAUGACAGUAACCCAAAUGACAACUACAGAUGUUAGCAAGAAGUAUGCUGCUGGAAUCAGUGAGAAAGUAGAUGCUGCUCAAAAACCAGAUUAUGUGUCUGCUGAAGCCAAGUUUUUCCAGAGAGGACCUGGAUCUUUAGACAUUGAAAUCGAAGAGGAGGCAAAUCUAAAACCAUCAGAAAUUGCUCAACUGAAAAAACAGCAGACUCUUGCUAAACGUUAUCCUCCUGAAGUACCCCCAAAACCAAAAGUAAGUAGGCCAGAAGAUGCUGGAAAACCUGCAAAGAAAGUGGAAUUUUACACAGCUGUGACUUCUCCAACUAAAGCCCAGACAUUCCAGGAUACUUUCAAGUUCCUUGCUAAACCUCCAGGAUUUACUUCUGUCAAACCACCAGUACCAGUACAGAAGACAUCUCCUUUAGAGAAGACAGUUUAUUUUCCAGAUGAGAAGUUGUCUGUCACAUCUGUGACAUUAGACACAAAACCACAACCACCAACACCUGUGAUAAAAUCAAAACCACCAACACCUCCUGCAAAGCCAAAGAAACCAACUGAACCAAAGAAGUCAGAAGCCAAACUCCAGUUAACACCGUACAAACCAAACGAUGUGAAAACAGAAAAACCAAAACCAAAACUGUCACCUAAAACGAAGCGAGUGGAACACAAGAAGAAAACUGAACAAAAGGUUACAUUUUCUUCAGAUGAAGGACCCCGAAUCAAAUAUAGAUCAGAAUCGGAUUCAAUCUUCACAGAGUCAGAUUCAGAGGCUCCUAACUGGGCUUAUGUUGGUCCCAAAAUUCGCAAAAAGAAACCCGGAGACAAGCCCAAGAGACUUGUGAUAGACAUUGAGCCACUAAGAUUACAGCCUGAGUUGGUGGACUCUAGGGAACCCGUUCGGGCUCCGGAACACCCUAAACCACAAAUUGUUGAUACAGAUUCAGAGGAGGUCACCCAUUGGGCCCCAGACCACAAUAUUAUACCUCAAGUGGCCUCUGAUAUUGAAAAACGAGAAGAAGCUCUCAGACCAUACAUGUUGUAUACGGCACCAUUGGAUGUUUUAGCCAUGCCAAAGCAAGACAAAAAGGACCUGUACCGUGAAUCUGCUGUGCGUGAAUUCAUCCGCAGAGAGGGACAGGCACCAGCGGAGGAGGAUCUGUACCACAAGGACAAACAACGCCCACCCAAAUUCAGGACACAAAUCAAGAACUUGACCACUCUAAAGGAAAAUGACUCCGCCCACUUUGAGUGUAAACUGAUGCCAUAUGGUGAUCCUACCAUGAAGGUGGAGUGGUACAAGGACAACCAACCACUUCAUCAUGGACACCGAUUCAAGCCGAUGUUUGAGUUUGGCUUUGUGACACUGGACAUCCUGUACACAUACCCAGAAGACUCGGGAGUGUACGAGUGUAGGGCCACCAAUGCUCAUGGAACAGAUGUCACCCAAGCCACCAUCAGAUGUAGAGGACAACAGUCCAUCAUUGCUGAGACACAACUACCAGGAGAGGGGGCGCUGCGGCUACAGGAAAUGGAAGAAAACUGGAGAAGACCUGCCCAACUGGAUGAGAAGGGAUUAGAAGAACCAAAGGUGAAAUAUCCACCCUCUAUUGACAUGAAGCCAGAACCAACAGAGGUUGCUGAAGGAGAACCAGCCAAGUUCAUGGUCAAAGUCAGUGGCUAUCCACGACCCAGGGUCACCUGGUGGGUCAAUGGAACAAUGAUCAUGACUAGUAGCAGAUUUAAGAUCCGUUACGAUGGCAUGAUGAACUACAUGGACAUCCCAAGAGUCAGGGAAUAUGACAGUGGACAAAUUCGAGUUGUGGCCAAAAACUCUGAGGGUGAGGCAGAGGCCAGCACGGUCCUCAAUGUCCUACCCAAGGAAGACUGGCGAUCUCAGCUCAGGCAAGCUCCAAAGGGCGAGCUAGAGAUCGAGCUAGACAGAAAGCGCAAGAUCGAGCUCAAGAAUGUGGAAUUCAAACGUCCAUUUGAGAUUCCCAAAGCUGCUGACUACGAGAUAAAACAAAUUGAAAGAGCACAUGAAACUAGAAUCAAGAUGAAACAGGAGAAAGAACAGUUCAUGAAAGCUGAUUCCAAAUUCCUGGCUCAUCCCAGACAUGACCAGCCUGCUCGAGUAGUCAGGCCAGAUCGGCCGGAGAUCCAGAUGGAGAUCCAGAAAGCUCGAAUGGUUCCAGUCAUUCCAGAACAAGUGAUUCCAGCCGAGGAUAACAAGAUCUCAGAGACACAGAUAAUGUUAGAGAGACGGGAGCCUCCUGUGUUCAUCAAGCCACUCAGACCUCUGAGGGUCACCGAGGGAACACCCAUCACAAUUGAGGUUCAGUUCAAAGGAUACCCCCCACCUAUCAUCUCCUGGUACAGGGAUAAUUUUGAGAUCCAUCCAUCUCAUGAUUUCCAGGCCUAUUUGUUAUUUCCUAACUUUUCUCCCAAGAUCAAUACCACAGAGUCCAUCAGCACACUACACAUCCCAGAAGUUUUCCCUGAGGAUACAGGAAUGUUUAUGGUCAAAGCUUACAACAUGUAUGGCACGGUCCAGUGUAAGGCCAAACUGACCGUUGUGGAGGAGGAGGAGACCACAGAAAGGGUCAACUCUCCAGAGUUCCGCAAUCUGAUCCACGACAUCAAUACCGUUGAGGGAGAACCAGCUACAUUUGACUGUCAGUUGACUGGCCGGCCCAAACCCAAAGUACAGUGGAAGAAGGACGGUAAUUUACUUGAGGAAUCUCCUCGCUGGAAGUUCAUCGAGGAGGAGGACAACUAUACCCUACUGAUCUACGAGGUCCAGCCUGAGGACGCCGGUCUGUACGACUGUGUGGCCCUCAACAAUGUGGGCAAGGCCACCUGUACUGCCAAACUCAACAUCGAAAUCCCUGUGAGGUCACCUGAGCCGAUGGAACCUCCCACGGAGAUCCCAGAUGAGGCCCCAACUGUUGCCACAGAACCACAAAAUCUGAUUGUAGAUGAGGGCGAGCCAGCCACCUUUACAUGCAAAAUCAAAGGAUCACCAGCUCCCAUUGUAAGUUGGUACAGAAACAACCAGCUGAUCAAACCGUCCAAGUACUUCAGAAUGGAGUCCUCACCAGACGGUACACACAGCCUCAGUAUUCUGGAAGCCUUCCCAGAGGACAGCGGCAACUACCGCUGUGUGGCCCGCAACAAGGCAGGAGAAACCACAUGUGGCUCUCUACUCAAAGUUCAAGGAAUGGAGAGUGAUGCUGAAUCGCCUUCCAUUGAGUCUAGGACUCAGCCUCCCAGUUUCAACCAACCCGUCACCAACACCCUGGUGGUGGAGGGAAGCACCGCUCGAUUUGAGGCUAGAUUCUCAGGUGUGCCACCACCAGAGAUCACCUGGUUGAGGAAUGGUCUACAGGUGAUACAGAACUCCAAGAAUUACCAGAUUGAGAAGAAUCCUACGUCCACUGUGUUGACCAUCAAACAAGCCUUCCCCGAGGACAGCGGGCUCAUCACUUGCCGAAUUAAGAACAUUUCUGGCACCACCGAGUGCUCUGCUGAGCUGUAUGUCCAGGACUCGGAGGAAGCGAGACUUUUGGAAGAAAAAUACAUUACAACAAUUAAAACAAAUCCACCAGAGUUUAUCAAAGCUUUAACACCUGUAAAAGACAUGAGACCCGGUGAAGAUGUGCGUCUGGAGGCCCAGAUCUUGGCCUACCCCCCUCCCAGGUACAACUGGUACUUCAGUGGUAAGGAGAUCAUACCCUCCGAUCGACGAACGAUCGAGCAGGAUAAGGACACCCUUGUCUUGAUCAUUAGACAGGCCCAGCCUGAGGAUGAGGGAGAUUACACACUGAAAGUACAGAACGAGAUGGGCGAGAUCACCUGUCGCACAACACUGACCAUUCAAGGGAAAGAGAAAGUGGUAUCCUUGCCUUUCACGGAUACCAGACAACAGACAAUGACAGUCACACAGACGACUACCACCAUUACCAGAGAGGAGCACACUGUGUCCCAGAUGGUCAAACCAAUGUUUACAGAACCUCUAGAACCAGAAAUCUAUGUCAGAGAAAGAGGAAUUGCCAGACUGGAGUGUAAGUUGGAUGCCUACCCACCUCCUCUGGUGACUUGGUUCAUCAAUGGUAUGGAAGUCCAUCCUUCUCCUCACUAUGAGGUCCUUUAUGAAGAUGGUAAAUCUGUACUUCUGAUUAUUGAAGUUGGACCUGAAGAUGUUGGCGAGUACACAUGUAAGGCUGUCUCAGAGCUAGGUGAAACCGUGUCAAGCACCACUCUGUAUGUACAAGAACCGGCCACAGAAGAGAUGCCUCAAGUACCUCAGCGACCUGAAGACACGGCCUAUUUACAGCCUUCUCCUUCAACCUCAGUACAGCCUCCACGCUUCACUGAACCACUGCAGAGCAUUGAAGUUGUGGAUGGCGAGGAGCUGAAUGUACCCUGCAAGGUCGCAGGAAAACCACCUCCUCAAAUUUCCUUCUUCCAUAAUGGCAAAAAUAUUGACCAGGAUGAAGAGUAUGUUAUCUCAUACAAUCCCGACACAGGGGAGAUCACUCUGCUGAUCGUAGAGGUUUUCCCAGAAGAUGAGGGAGAGUAUGUGUGUGUGGCCCACAACCCAGUUGGAGAAGCUAGCACCAGGAUGUAUCUCAGUGUUCUAGAUUCGGGUCCUGCAGAAGAGGAGAUAUACGAAGAGGCUCCAAUGGAUGUAGAUCAAACUGAAGUAAAAUUCAGCAUUCAGCUACCCGAAGAGCAGAUGGAGAUUACAGAAGACGAUCUAGUACCACAGACUAUUGAGAGACCAAAAGUUGUACCAUUACAAAAGGAGGCCCCUAGAUCCCCUUCUCCGGAGGUUGUGUACCAGGCCACUGUUCCAGUUCCCCAAGCUCCUGAAGAAGCAAUGGAAGAAGUCCAGGAGGAGGUUCUGGAACAGGAAGUCAAACCCAAUGUCAUCCAAAGACCCAAACAGAAGCCACUUGUAGAGGAAAAGGCACCAGAGGAAUCACCAGAGAGAGAGGUUAUCACUCUGGUUCCUGAAACCAGAAAACCAGCACCAGAAGAGGCUAAACCUGAGGUGUCGGAAGAAUCAGUUAUACCACAAAUUGUGACAAAGAAAAUUAAAUUACCAGGAGAAAAACCAAUCGAUGAAAGACUUGGUAAACAGGAUUCAGUACCUGGAGAAGAACCACCAAAGAAAAAACCAGACGUGGUGGCUCAAUUUGAAACUGUCCUUGUACCAGAAACCACAGAGGAAGCACCACCAGAAUUUGUUGAGGCGCUUCAACCACAGAUCCUCCCUGAUGGAGAGGAGGUAACCAUGACUUGCCGAGUGGUUGGGAGUCCCAUUCCCGUGGUGAAGUGGUACAAGGAUGGUCAGGAAUUAGUGCCAAGUCCCGACUUUCACAUCUGCUAUGACGAGAACACUGGAGUCUCCACACUAACUAUACCAGAGGUCUUCCCUGAAGAUGCAGGUGAAUACUCCUGCACAGCAGAGAACAUGUUUGGUGAUGCCACAACCUCAGCUAGUCUUGUUGUUGACACCAUGCCAGAUGAGGAGGUUCACAAGAGGACCCAAGUAGACACCAGUGUUUCUGAGACUUUCACACUGACUCAGGAUUUCACUGAUUCAGCUGUGUUAGAGACCCAGGAGCAGUACAAAACUACUCUGGACAUCCCACCUCAAUUCAUGAAACCACUGGAUACUGAAAUCACAGCCAAAGAGGGAGGAAGCACAACACUUGAGGUUGUAGUAGCAGGAGAACCGCAACCAAAGGUCACAUGGUACAAAAACGAGGUACAGAUUCUCCCAGACAACAGAACGCUGAUUGUUCCGGAGAAAAAUGUCACCAAGCUUAUCAUUGAUCACCUUCGUCCUGAGGAUGAGGCUGAAUACAUCUGUGUAGCAGAGAAUGAUAGAGGAGUGGUUACAUGCAAGACUAAGCUCCAUAUUAUUCCAACUAGACGAGUGGAGUUUGAAAUACCGGAAGAUAAACCAGAGAGAGUGAGAGAUACAACUAUACCAAAGUAUGCUGUAUCUGAAGAUGAGACCGCUCCCAGUGCAAGUGAGGAUGAGUUACCAGAGGACAAAAUCAUACCUCCUGAAUUCACAGAGCUUCUCCAACCAGUCACCAUUCGUGAUGGAGAACGUAUUGAACUGACGGUCCGAUUCCGAGGGUUCCCUGCACCACGGAUCCGAUGGUACCACGAAGGCAAAGAGAUCAUGAACAGUGCCGACUUUCAGAUUACUGUUGACUUCAACAAAGGGGAGAGUACUCUUGUAAUUGUAGAAGUGUUCCCCGAAGAUCAAGGUGAAUACACGUGCACAGCCAAGAACAAAUAUGGGGAGACCAUCACCACUUGCCGACUCAAUGUCAUUUCACCGGAAGAAGAAAUCCCCACCAAAGAAUUCACUAGAACACACAUUGAAGUUCAAAAAAUGACCCAACCCAAACCUGUUCAUGAAAUCCAUACGUCUCAAAUGAGAAUUACAGAGCUCACAGAUGAAGAAAUCCCCGAGAUCCCGGAAACCACCAAAUAUAGUGAGAUGAUUGAGGUGGACCAUAAACCAAAGGUCACUGAAUCAUUUGGGAUUAUUCCUAUACAACAGGAGAGACAACCACAAGGCCCAGUCCAAGUGGAAAUCCAGCUUGGAGUUCCUAGAACCAUUCCUCAGACCACCACCUCUGUUCUAACAGAGACCACAACAUACACACAAGUCAUGUCAGAGUUAAAGGAAGAGCCAGAGGUGUUCCCUGAAAUCAAGGAAGGAGACGGAGUGCACAAAACAACUGUCACCAUGAAAAAGGAGGAAGCGUACGGACCGAUGGAGUUUAAAUUAAAAUUACCCGAACAAGAGAAAACAGAAGUAGUAACCAGCACUCACCAACUUGUGACUGAGGAACGUAAAGUCACAGAAUUGAGAGAAUCGCCAGCUGAGAGGCACACAGAGACCAUAGAGAUUGUUCAAGAUCAAGCUCCUCAAGAUGUAGAAUUCCAAGUUGUGUUACCAACAACAGAAACAACAAAAACUGAAACAACAACAGUAGUGGAAAGACGGCAGUCUGUUCAGAAAAUGGAGGUGGAAAUCAAAGAGACUUUCAUGAAACAGAAACCAAAGCAGACAGAAUUUGUCAUUCCUCUCCAAGAACAAUCAGUUGAUGUUACUGAAGUAAGAGAUAUGCCACGACCAACUGAAGAACAGAUAGAGGAAGUUAGACCAACUAUUGAAAAGGUUGACAAAGAGCAAGAGGUCCCAUCUGAAGUUUCAGAACUUGUAGUAGAGGAAACUCCAGUUGCAGAAACUGAAAUGCAUACUACUGAUACAACUGAUGCAUCCUUCACAAUGGUGAUUGGUGAUAUUCAGACUCCAGAGGUUGCCCAACCAGGUGACAGUAAAACAGAAGAAAUGUCUGUAGAUUUCACUCCCCAGGUAAUGGAAGAAACAGAGAUGACAUUCACUUUACAAUCCAGUGCAGUUGUAAGUGAAGAUGUCCCAGAAUCUUCAGCUGAAAAACCUGAGGAAACUCCUGUGUCGGAGACCCAAGCACCAGUAGAUGAAAUUCAUAUAACUGAACGGGACACAAUAGAAAUUGUUAAAGAACCUGAGGAAAGUGAGGGCAUUGAAAUUGAAAUUGACAUCUCUGAUAGACUUCCAGAGGUUACUGAAGUUAAAUCUGUGGAGAAAGUGACAGAAACUGUGACAGAAGAAACCACACUUCAACUGCCAGAAUCUCAUGAAACAUACAAAGAUGAAGUCACUUUUGAUCUGCAAGGAAAACCUUUAGAAGAAAUGCAAAUUGACAUUCAAUUAGAAAAAUCAGAUAGGCAAGUGCCUAUCCAACAAAAGAUAACAGACAUUGAAACUGUUAAAACUACCGAGAAAGAAGCAGUUGUUCUGCCAGAGACAUCUGAAACAGAACUCAAGGAAAUAGUCAUUGAGACUGAAGAAAAGCCACAAGAGGACACAUCUGUUAACAUUCAGUUAGAUGAAAGAACAGUAACUGAGACAACAGAUCAGAAAACAAUGGAGACUGUGGAAUCUGUUGAAGGUUCUUUCACCUUUAAGAUUCCUCAAACAGAAGAAGUACAUAUAGAUAAAGUAACAUAUGAGACAGAAGAGAGGCCUUCCGAGGCUGUAGAAAUGACCUUCCAAAUACCAAGAGAUGAAACUUUGGCUGAAAAAGAAACCACAGUGUACACUGAACAGGUGACCAAAGAGAAACAAGAAAUUGUAGAAGUACCUGAAACAGAGAAAGUUGAGUCAGAAGAGAUUGUGAUUGAUGUUCAUCCUAGACCACCAGAGUCUGUACAAAUGACAGUUCAGUUAGACUCUGAACAAACUGUUCCAGUCACAUCAGAUACAACAUAUACAGAGCAAGUAACACGAACUGUGACUGAGGAAGUGCUUCCAGAGGUGUCCGAUACAUUCACCGAUGAGAUCACUGUGCAAGUUACUCCAGAAAAGCCAACCGAGCCUGCGGAAAUGACUAUACAGUUUGAUACAACUUUAAGUGUACCAGUUCAGGAGGAUACCACUGUUACGGAACAAACUAUGACAAUAACAGAGGAAGCUACAGAAAAACCUGAGAUUUCCCAGACAUAUACAGAUGAAAUAACUGUUCCUAUCACUUCAGAAGUAACUCAAGAAGAACAGAUCAUAAAAACAGUGACAGAAGAAUCUAUGCUUCCAGAGGUGUCAGAUACUUACACAGAUGAGGUCACAUUGCAGGUCACCCAGGACAAACCAGCCGAACCUGUAGAAAUGACUUUUCAAUUUGACACAGCUUUAAGUGCACCAGUUCAAGAGGAUACCACUGUUACGGAACAAACUAUGACAAUAACAGAAGAAGUUACAGAAAAGCCUGAGGUUUCACAGAUCUAUUCAGAUGAACUUUCUUUUGAGAUCAAAGGACAGCCCACAGAAUCUGCAGAAAUGACAAUAAAACUCGAAUCGGAGAAAGAUACACAGAUACAAACAGAAACUGUAGAACUACCGAUCAGUAUUGGAACAUCAAGAGAAGAAUUUACCAUUGCUGUUGAAAAUCAACCAGAUGAAGGAGCUGAAUUUACUUUUCAACUUCAAGAAAGACAGGUUCCAGAAACCAUGCAGACUUUCAUGAUUGACCAACAGGAUGAAAUAGAUACGGGUGAUCAAAGAGCACCCGAUUCUGCUAAACAGGAAGUAGUAACAUAUCAGAUUGGUGAACAACCUUCAGAGGAACUUGAAAUGACCUUCCAGAUUAGUGAGGAUGAACAAUAUGCAACACCAGAUGAUAGUUCAACAACUACUGUAGAGACCAUUAAAGAGUCAUUUACUUUCCAAGUUCCUGAAGCAGAGGGUAUGCAGAUGGAAGAGAUGACAUUCCAGCUGCCUGAACAGUCAGAAGUUGAAGGAAGUGUUAGAGAUGUGGAGACAACCACAACACAAGAAACUGUGUCUGAUUCUUUCACAUUCCAAGUCCCAGAAUCCGAGGAUCAACAGACUGAAGAGACCACUUUCCAGCUGACAGAAGAACCUUUGAAUGAGUUGAAAUCAUUAGAUGAAACAAGCACAACAACAAAAGUUGAACGGAUAAUGGAAUCUUUCACUUUCCAAGUUCCUGAAACAGAAAUUGAGACCACUGAACUUGAAGUGCAGCCAUCGCAGGAUUCUGAAAUGACAAUUCAAAUUCACGCUGAGGACAUUUCUCCAGAAGAUGUUGAAAUGAAAGAAACAACUACUAGCACAACAAAGACUUCCACUGAAGAAAUUUUCUAUGAUGCACCAGAGACACAAAUGGAGGAAAUAACCCUUGAAAUAGAAGGAAAACCUCAAAAAGAAGUUAAGCUGACAUUGAAAAUGCCUGAAAGUGAUAAACAGAUCAUCGUCACGGAAGAGCAAACUACUUUGAAAGAAAGCUUUACAACUAGAGAAAUCUUUGAUGUAGAAAUUCCAGAAGGUCACAGUGCUCCCAUGUUUACUUGGGGCCUGACCUCACUCAAGGUCAUGGAUGGAGAGGAGGCAAAGUUCAGAUGUGAGGUCACUGCAGAACCAAUGCCUGAAAUAUCCUGGUUCCAUGAUGACAAACAGCUAGCAGAAACUCAGGAUUUCAAACUAACUUAUGACAUUGAGAGUGGAUCCUGCACAUUGUUAAUUGUGGAAGUAUUUCCUCAAGAUGCAGGAGAAUAUCGCUGUGAAGCAAUAAACCCCUAUGGCAAAGCAAUCACAAGAGGAUUCUUAGAGGUGGAAGCUUAUGAAUAUGUACCAGACACUGAGGAAGCAUCCGAUUCAGUGAUGUCGUCACUGGACACUGCAUCCCCUAGACCACUGACUGAAUCCGACUCGGAAAUGACAACAUUGCCAAAGGAAAUUUUGGAGGAAAUGAGAAAAAUGCAGGAGAAGAUGGAAAUCGAUAUUGAUGAGGAGGAAGCUGGAGAACUAACUCCUACUGAAACUGAAACUGAGUUUGCUCAACUCGCUGAAACUGAACUAAACCUUCAGAAGCCAGGCAUUAAGGCAUCAGAGUUCAAAUCCCAACCUCUUACAGAAACCACUCUGGAAACAACACCAACAGAAAUUUCAGAUGUUCCAGAACAAAUUGCAUCUCAAACUUAUGUUUCAGAAGAUAAAGCACAACCCGAGACUUCUGCACCUAAAGAAUCCUUAGCUCCACAAUCUGAGUUGUUAGGUGAAAAGACUAGUGUUUCAGAAAUUGUAUCUGAAGCUCCAGAAAAGACAGAUGAGAAAACCAUUGAAAUGGAAGAAGUUCAACCAAAGAAAGAAAUCCUGCUUGUGAGAACUGAUGAACUCAUGGCAAAGGAAGGUAAAAGUGAGGUUUCAGAAAUCGAGGCACCUGAAAGUAAAGAAUCAGUUGUAUCUGAGGUUGAAAUGGAUGUGGAAAAGAUUACAAAAGAAACAACAGAAUCUCAGACUAAACCUAUUUCAAAAGAUCUUACUGAAACAACAGAUGAAGUACCUUCAAUAGUAACAAAACAGACAGAAGAAACUGAAAUUGAAACUCCUCUUGAAAAGUCCUCUAGAGAGUCUGUAGCAACAAAAACAGAUAUUGUUUCUGAAAGGCUAGAAGAAUCUGAGGUGUCAGCUGUUACAGAUGUAAAAAGUGAUCUAGUGGAAUCUUCUGAGGUUCUAGAUGAACUACAAAUCACAGAGUCCAAGACGCCUUUGGAAUCCAAGGUUGAAGUGGAGGCAACAGAAACUGGUCCCAUACUUACUGAUGUUGCUGAAGUUCAACCAGCUGAGACAAAGGUAACAGAAGAAACUGUCUUGGAAAUAAAGAAGCCAGAAGAAGAAAUCCCAGAAAUAAAAGAAGCCCCAACAUCAGAAAUCCCAGAGGAAGCAUCACAAGAAGUGAAACCUGCUGAGACUUCCAAGGAAGAAAUUACAAUCACCGUUACUCCAGUAGAAGGAAAAGAAACACCAAUUUUUGUAACAGCAGCUGAGCAUGAAGCACCAAGAUUCUUACUUCCUUUAACGGACGUUACAGUCAUGGAGAACACUACACUUAGACUUGAAGUGACAUUUACUGGCUCAGCAGAGAUCAUUGUGAAAUGGUACCUAGAUGGAGAGGAGAUUGUGCCAUCAGAGGACAUUGACAUAAUUAUGGAGAGCUACAGAAGUGUGAUGGUCAUCCACCAGGUCUUUCCAGAGGACGAGGGUGAAUACUGGGUAGAAUGCACCAAUAAAGAGGGAAAGGCAAAGUCCACAGCAUACCUCACUGUUCUUCCAUUGAGUGCACCAUCUAGUGCUGUUCCUUCUGAUGAUGAAUCUACCAGGGAAGCACAACAUCAGCCAUCUGAAAUCGAGAAAGAGAUUCCAGCUCCCAAAGAUGAAAAGAAGGUGACAUUUAGAGAGACAGUUGAAGUUUGUGAAACUUACUUGGAUGAAUUUUCCACAACAGAAGAAGAAUCUGCAAUGGAAGAGGUUUCAUCAGAUGAGGAACCUUUCCCAGAGCAAGAAGAUUGGUAUAAAGAAAGCUCUUCAGAAUCAUUUCCAGAGAAAGUAUCUGAAAUACCUGCUCCAAAGGAUGAAGCAGUUAUUGAAGAAAGAGAUGUAAUUGAAAAAGCACCAGAAACUACCAUUGUAUCCAAAACCGUCACAGAAACUGAAGAGACAAAAGUCAAAGAAACAGAAGAUGUUGAUCAAUCUAAACCCGAAGACAAAAAGAUAGGUCCAGAAAAUGUGUUAAUUCAGGAAGAAGAAAUUAAACCUUCUACAGUGAAGACAGAAAAGAGUAUUCAAAUACCAUCAGACACUACCCCAGUGUCUGUAAACAUUGAUGUCCCUGCAAGCAAAGAAAUCACAGAAGUUUCCAAACUAGAAACAAAAGUUGAGGCAGAUGUUGAUGCUGAAAAGAUCAUUGAAGAGGUUGAAGAAGAUACUACUCUACCCAAAAAACAAACUUCAGAAAAGAUUCUGCCUGAAGAGUUAUCCCCUGUAGAGAUUUCUGCACCUGAGGAAGAAACUAUUACAGAAGAAACAGAGACAAUAGAGAUAUUGGCAGACUCAGUAGAUGCUGUUGAUGAAAGGAAGCAAACCACUGAGAAGGAAACACAAGAUAUUCCACAAGAGGAAAGCAAACCUACAGAAACUUUUACUGAAACUAUGGAAAUUUUACCAAAGGAAGAGGAUGCACCAGUUGAAGAAAAGACCACAAAGACCAUCGAAAUCAUGCCUGAAGCCGGUCCGGUAUCUCUGGAUAUUGAUAUUUCUCUGGGGAAAGAAAAAACAGAAAUCACAAAACUGGAAACUACUGUUGUAGAAGAAGUUGUGGAUACUGAAGAAAUCAUUGAAGAUAUUGAAGACCAAGACAGUGAUGUAAAAUCCACAGAAACAUACAAAGAGUCUGUGGAAAUGGUUCCUGAGGGGAAACCUGAUGAAAUGUUGUUAGAGACCACAGAAGAAAAAUCCAAGGAAUCUCCAGUUGAAGAAACCUUGAAAGAAGAUGUAAAGAAGGAAAGGGAAGAUAAAACAUUCACAGAAACAGUUGAAAUACUACCAAAAGAUAUUGAAAAGACAGAAGAACUGAAAACAUCUCCAGAAUUGAGUCCAGUUUCUAUGGAAAUCGAUAUUUCCGACGAAAUUGAUAAGGUGGCAGGAGAGAUUCCUGCAUCGGAGAUUGCUGCACCAACAGAGGAAACAAUAACCAAAGAAAGAGAGACGAUUCAAAAGUCAGAAAUAGUUGCUUCAUUAGAAACCAUUGAUCAACCACUGGAGACAACAGCAAAAGAUCUGGGACAAUCUGAGGAAGAUAAACCCAAAGAAGAGAUUUUUGCUGAAAGUUUAGAAAUUUCACCCAAAAAGGAGGAAUUGCCAACUUCAGAGAAAACAGAAAAAGUCACUCAAAUAUCCCCUGAAGCUGGGCCAGUCUCGUUGGACAUUGAUAUCUCAGUGGACAAAGAAAAAACAGAAAUUAGCAAACUCGAAACAACGGUUGUGGAAGAGGUUGACACUGAAGAGAUCAUAGAAGAGGUUAAAGAACAAGAUGACACUAAAGUAACAGAAACCUACAAACAAUCUGUUACAAUUAAACCUCAUGAAAAAGAAACAUCAGAAAAGAUUCAACCUGAAGAGGUAUCACCUGCAGAGAUUUCUGCACCUGAGGAAGAAACUAUUACAGAAGAAACAGAGACAAUAGAGAUAUUGGCAGACUCAGUAGAUGCUGUUGGUGAAAGGAAGCAAACCACAGAGAAGGAAACACAAGAUAUUCCACAAAAGGAAAGCAAACCUACAGAAACUUUUACUGAAACUAUGGAAAUUUUACCAAAGGAAGAGGAUGCACCAGUUGAAGAAAAGACCACAAAGACCAUCGAAAUCAUGUCUGAAGCCGGUCCGGUAUCUCUGGAUAUUGAUAUUUCUCUGGGGAAAGAAAAAACAGAAAUCACAAAACUGGAAACUACUGUUGUAGAAGAAGUUGUGGAUACUGAAGAAAUCAUUGAAGAUAUUGAAGACCAAGACAGUGAUGUAAAAUCCACAGAAACAUACAAAGAGUCUGUGGAAAUGGUUCCUGAGGGGAAACCUGAAGUAGUGUUAGAAACCACAGAAGAAAAAUUCAAGGAAUCCCCAGUUGAAGAAACCUUGGAAGAAGAUGUAAAGAAGGAAAGGGAAGAUAAAACAUUCACAGAAACAGUUGAAAUACUACCAAAAGAUAUUGAAAAGACAGAAGAACUGAAAACAUCUCCAGAAUUGAGUCCAGUUUCUAUGGAAAUCGAUAUUUCCGACGAAAUUGAUAAGGUGGCAGGAGAGAUUCCUGCAUCGGAGAUUGCUGCACCAACAGAGGAAACAAUAACCAAAGAAAGAGAGACGAUUCAAAAGUCAGAAAUAGUUGCUUCAUUAGAAACCAUUGAUCAACCACUGGAGACAACAGCAAAAGAUCUGGGACAAUCUGAGGAAGAUAAACCCAAAGAAGAGAUUUUUGCUGAAAGUUUAGAAAUUUCACCCAAAAAGGAGGAAUUGCCAACUUCAGAGAAAACAGAAAAAGUCAUUCAAAUAUCCCCUGAAGCUGGGCCAGUCUCGUUGGACAUUGAUAUCUCAGUGGACAAAGAAAAAACAGAAAUUAGCAAACUCGAAACAACGGUUGUGGAAGAGGUUGACACUGAAGAGAUCAUAGAAGAGGUUAAAGAACAAGAUGACACUAAAGUAACAGAAACCUACAAACAAUCUGUUACAAUUAAACCUCAUGAAAAAGAAACAUCAGAAAAGAUUCAACCUGAAGAGGUAUCACCUGCAGAGAUUUCUGCACCUGAGGAAGAAACUAUUACAGAAGAAAGAGAGACAAUAGAGAUAUUGGCAGACUCAGUAGAUGUUGUUGAUGAAAGGAAACAAACCACUGAAAAGGAAACACAAGAUAUUCCAGAAGUGGAAAGCAAACCUACAGAAACGUUUACUGAAACUAUGGAAAUUUUACCAAAGGAAGAGGAUGCACCAGUUGAAGAAAAGACCACAAAGACCAUCGAAAUCAUGCCUGAAGCUGGUCCGGUAUCUCUGGAUAUUGAUAUUUCUCUGGGAAAAGAAAAAACAGAAAUCUCAAAACUGGAAACUACUGUUGUAGAAGAAGUUGUGGAUUCUGAAGAAAUCAUUGAAGAUAUUGAAGACCAAGGCAGUGAUGUAAAAUCCACAGAAACAUACAAAGAAUCUGUGGAAAUUAUUCCUGAGGGGAAACCUGAUGAAGUGUUGUUAGAAACCACAGAAGAAAAAUCCAAGGAAUCCCCAGUUGAAGAAAAGACCACAAAGACCAUCGAAAUAAUACCUGAAGCUGGUCCAGUAUCUCUGGAUAUUGAUAUUUCUCUGGGGAAAGAAAAAACAGAAAUCUCAAAACUGGAAACUACUGUUGUAGAAGAAGUUGUGGAUUCUGAAGAAAUCAUUGAAGAUAUUGAAGACCAAGACAGUGAUGUAAAAUCCACAGAAACAUACAAAGAGUCUGUGGAAAUUAUUCCUCAGGAGAAACCUGAUGAAGUGUUAUUAGAAACCAUAGAAGAAAAAUCCAAGGAAUAUCCAGUUGAAGAAACCUUGGAAGAAGAUGUAAAGCAUGAGAGGGAAGAUAAAACAUUCACAGAAACGGUUGAAAUACUACCAAAAGACAUUGAAAAGACAGAAGAACUGAAAACAUCUAUUGAAUUGAGUCCAGUUUCUCUGGAAAUCAAUGUUUCCGACGAAAUUGAUAAGGUGGCAGGAGAGAUUCCUGCAUCGGAGAUUGCUGCACCAACAGAGGAAACAAUAACCAAAGAAAGAGAGACAAUUCAAAAGUCAGAAAUAGUUGCUUCAUUAGAAACCAUUGAUCAACCACUGGAGACAACAGCAAAAGAUCUGAAACAAUCUGAGGAAGAUAAACCUAAAGAAGAGACUUUUGCUGAAAGUUUAGAAAUUUCACCCAAAAAGGAGGAAUUGCCAACUUCAGAGAAAACAGAAAAAGUCAUUCAAAUAUCCCCUGAAGCUGGGCCAGUCUCGUUGGACAUUGAUAUCUCAGUGGACAAAGAAAAAACAGAAAUUAGCAAACUCGAAACAACGGUUGUGGAAGAGGUUGACACUGAAGAGAUCAUAGAAGAGGUUAAAGAACAAGAUGACACUAAAGUAACAGAAACCUACAAACAAUCUGUUACAAUUAAACCUCAUGAAAAAGAAACAUCAGAAAAGAUUCAACCUGAAGAGGUAUCACCUGCAGAGAUUUCUGCACCUGAGGAAGAAACUAUUACAGAAGAAAGAGAGACAAUAGAGAUAUUGGCAGACUCAGUAGAUGUUGUUGAUGAAAGGAAACAAACCACUGAAAAGGAAACACAAGAUAUUCCAGAAGUGGAAAGCAAACCUACAGAAACGUUUACUGAAACUAUGGAAAUUUUACCAAAGGAAGAGGAUGCACCAGUUGAAGAAAAGACCACAAAGACCAUCGAAAUCAUGCCUGAAGCUGGUCCGGUAUCUCUGGAUAUUGAUAUUUCUCUGGGAAAAGAAAAAACAGAAAUCUCAAAACUGGAAACUACUGUUGUAGAAGAAGUUGUGGAUACUGAAGAAAUCAUUGAAGAUAUUGAAGACCAAGACAGUGAUGUAAAAUCCACAGAAACAUACAAAGAGUCUGUGGAAAUUAUUCCUGAGGGGAAACCUGAUGAAGUGUUGUUAGAAACCACAGAAGAAAAAUCCAAGGAAUCCCCAGUUGAAGAAAAGACCACAAAGACCAUCGAAAUAAUACCUGAAGCUGGUCCAGUAUCUCUGGAUAUUGAUAUUUCUCUGGGGAAAGAAAAAACAGAAAUCUCAAAACUGGAAACUACUGUUGUAGAAGAAGUUGUGGAUUCUGAAGAAAUCAUUGAAGAUAUUGAAGACCAAGACAGUGAUGUAAAAUCCACAGAAACAUACAAAGAGUCUGUGGAAAUUAUUCCUCAGGAGAAACCUGAUGAAGUGUUAUUAGAAACCACAGAAGAAAAAUCCAAGGAAUAUCCAGUUGAAGAAACCUUGGAAGAAGAUGUAAAGCAUGAGAGGGAAGAUAAAACAUUCACAGAAACAGUUGAAAUACUACCAAAAGACAUUGAAAAGACAGAAGAACUGAAAACAUCUAUUGAAUUGAGUCCAGUUUCUCUGGAAAUCAAUGUUUCCGACGAAAUUGAUAAGGUGGCAGAAGAGAUUCCUGCAUCGGAGAUUGCUGCACCAACAGAGGAAACAAUAACCAAAGAAAGAGAGACGAUUCAAAAGUCAGAAAUAGUUGCUUCAUUAGAAACCAUUGAUCAACCACUGGAGACAACAGCAAAAGAUCUGAAACAAUCUGAGGAAGAUAAACCUAAAGAAGAGACUUUUGCUGAAAGUUUAGAAAUUUCACCCAAAAAGGAGGAAUUGCCAACUUCAGAGAAAACAGAAAAGGUCAUUCAAAUAUCCCCUGAAGCUGGGCCAGUCUCGUUGGACAUUGAUAUCUCAGUGGACAAAGAAAAAACAGAAAUUAGCAAACUCGAAACAACGGUUGUGGAAGAGGUUGACACUGAAGAGAUCAUAGAAGAGGUUGAAGAACAAGAAGAUACAAAAGUAACAGAAACCUACAAACAAUCUGUUACAAUUAAACCUCAUGAAAAAGAAACAUCAGAAAAGAUUCAGCCUGAAGAGGUAUCCCCUGUAGAGAUUUCUGCACCUGAGGAAGAAACUAUUAUAGAAGAAAAAGAGACAAUAGAGAUAAUGGCAGAGGUAAUGAGCUUAGAAGAUUCCGUUGAUGGAAGGAAACAAACUAGAGAGGAAACACAAGAUAUUCCAGAAGUGGAAAGCAAACCUACAGAAACUUUUACUGAAAUUAUGGAAAUUUUACCAAAGGAAGAGGAUGCACCAGCUGAAGAAAAGACCACAAAAACUAUCGAAAUAAUGCCUGAAGCUGGUCCAGUUUCUCUGGAUAUUGAUAUUUCUCUGGGGAAAGAAAAAACAGAAAUCUCAAAACUGAAAACUACUGUUGUAGAAGAAGUUACUGAAGAUGUAGUCCAAUGUCAGGAAGUAGUAGAGGAUAAAGUGGAUGUUCCACUAGAGCAUUUAACAUCUACUGAAAGUGCCCAGGUGUCAUUGCAGGUCACUCCCCAAAAAGGAACACCAUCUGUUGUAACAGAAUUAGAACAUGCUAAACAAAGUGGUGAAGAGAAACCAGAUAUUAUAGAAGAGCAAAAACCAUAUACACCAGAUCAAACAGUAAUAAGCUGUACACAGCUAUCAAGUGACAUCAAAGUGCAGGAGUCAGAGACGAUGGUAUUGGAGACGGAAACACCGCAUAUAGAAAUAACAGAUGCAGAAAAAGAAAUCGAAGCUCCGCAAAAGGAAGAAUUAGUUGAAAAAAGAGAGCAAAUAGAAGUGACCGAUACUUAUGGACAGAAGGAGAUUAUAGCCGAAAUACCUGCACCACAGAAAGAAUCAAUAACAGAAGAAGAAAUAGUAGAAAAAUUGCCAGAAAAAGCUACAACAUCCACUGAAAUCUCAAAAACUGAUGUUCAGCAUCCUGACGAAGCUACAGAUGAUGUUGCAGAGAUAUCACAAGAAGUGACUGAACAACCACAUAUCCAAAUGAUUCAUGACAAUUCAGAAAGAGUUUCAACUGCUGAUAAAGCGGCUACAAUAGUAAAUGAAAGCUUACCACAGACAGAGGGAGAAAUAAAGGAGAUUAAGUUGGAUAUAGAAGUAGAGGCUCCAAAAGAAGAAAUAACAAUUGAAACACGGGCAACUAUUGCUGUGAGUGAAAAAAAGAAGACAUGUGCAACCGUGGACAUCCCAGAGCAAUUGACUAUGUUGUCAGAGGAGGUUAAACAAGACCAAAGGGAACAUGUUGAAGUAUCCAUUGAUAAGGAAAUGUCACUCAAGAAAAUUAGUGUAAAAUCAACACCUGCAGAGAGUGAUGUGCAGUUUGUGUCUGAGGAAGAGACCAAAGAACUGUUACAAGCAUCUCAUGAAAAACCUACAAUUUUACCAGAAGGAGAGUCAACUGCCUCUACCCUCACACAGGACAGUGAGGAAUCACUUGCACCUGAGAGCUUUGUAGAGAAACCUUUGGAUGAACAAGUGGAAAAAGUGAGAGAACAAGUUCAAGAUGUAAUCAAAGAAGAUAAAGCUUCAAUACCAGUUGAUAGUGCUUUUGUGGUAGAUGUUAAAGAGAGUCUCUCUCUGCCAAGUGAUGAGCAAUUAGCUGAGCUUCGCACAAAGGAUAUUCCCAGUACUACCCUUGAAGAAACUACUUCUGAAGUCAUUCCAGAAAUUGAAACAAGGCCAUCAUUGAAGAAACCAGAAAUGGAUGUAGCAGAACUUGUUAUAAAAAGUAGGGAGGAAACAAUCGAGAAAGAGUCAUGGGAAGUAGAAGAGGAGAGAAUUGAAGACGUUAUGGAGACCAAACCAGAAGAUAGGACAUCUAUAUCUGUUUCAUCCACUUCUCAGAUAAUUGAAUCAAAAAUGGAUGAUGUUGAUAAAGUUGAUUUACUUGAUAGUGUAACCAUCCAUGCAUUUGCUGAAAAUUUUUCAAAAGAUGUAAUCAAGACUGUGUUGAUGCAAGAAAGCGAAAUUUCAAAGGUCACGCCAGAGGAAUCUCAGCAAGAUUUAAGAGAAUCUGAUGUACAAGAACCAAAGGCAACUGAAGUUACUGGAAGCAGUUUGGAAACUAAAGAACACUCGGACGUGUUGCCAGAAUAUAAAGAGGAGACAACAACAUCAUCAACAAUUCAGGAAACUGUUGAGGCUCCUCUCCUGGAAAAAACUGUUACAUUUGACUCUGUUCAGGAGACAGAGAUGAAAGAUAAAGUUGAAAUUGAUGAACAAGUAUCAGAAAUUGAUGUAGUCAAUGCAGUAACUGAAGAUAAGAAAGAGACUGUAGUUUCUCCAAAUGAAAGUGAUGACAUUAUUUCAGAGGCCGAUAUUUUAACUGAAAAACUCGAAGAAAAAGCAAAGCUUGAAGUGACAGAAAAAGAUAUUCAAAUAGCCGUGGAUGAAACUGUCAUUUCAUGUGAUACUGUUGAAGAAAAGGAAGAGAAGAAAGAUACCGUCAGUGUAACUGAACUAGAAGACAUAGUGGAAAAGAGUUUGGUAAAAACACAGAAAGAAUUUGAAGUUCAGGCAUCAGAAAGUAUUCCACAACUUUCCGACUCAACAGACAUUGAUAUAAAAACAUCUAUCGCAGAUAUUGAAACAGUUGAACAAAGCCUUGAAACGGCAAUAUCAGAAGAGAGUACUCUUUUUGACACAUUGGAAAAAACACCAGAUGAACAGGAAUCAUUGACUGUUGGAGAAACAAUUGUUGCUUCUACCAAAGAUGAAUGUAGUGAGAGUGCCAGCGAAAAAACCCAGGUUGUUCCAGUUGAAGAGUCAGCAAAUGUAAUUGAAGUAGAAGAUCUUGGUGAUAAAAUUUUAUCUCAGGCUGCUCUUGAUCAAACUAAACCAAGUUUGAAAAUGCCUGUUACAGAAAUGAGUGUUCCUUUUGAUUCUUUAAAUGUUAUUGGACCGGAUGAUAAAGCACUUCCUGCAGAAGAAACAACUGAGACGGAAGUGAAAGGAGAAAUUGUUGAAGAUGAGGAGAAAGAAUUCCAAUCCAGUCCUUUGAAAGAAACACAAGAACUUCAAGAAAUCGAAGUGGUUGAUGAAAAAACUGAGAUAAAAGCAGAUACUGAUACAGUUAAACCAAGUCUUACAUCAGCAGUUUCUGAAAUCAGUGCACAGUUUGAUUCAUAUGAGCAGACGAAAGAUACAGACAAAUCAUCAACUGCUGAUGAAACAACUGUAGAGAAAUUGAAGGAGAAAACAUAUGAUGUUAACAAAGAGGAGUCGAUGGUAGAUACCACUCAAGACACUACCGACUUGAAAUUAUCUGAGGAUUUGGAGGUAGAGACAACCUCAACGGCAAAUACUGACAUUGUAAAACCUAGCAUAGAGAGACCAGUUGCACAAGUAAGCAUACCUUGUGACACAGUGGAUGAAGUUUCAGAAGACCAAGCAACUUUAGCUAAAGAAACGUCUGAAGAAGAAAUAACAGAAACAUCAUCCGAGACUGCUGAAAUUGAGACCAAAGCUACAACAUCAGAAGAAUUAAAUGUCCUUGAAGAAUCAAGGGAUAUCAUCGAAAAAGAUUUACUGUCAGCACAAAGUGAAACAGUAAAAUUGGAAUCAACAGUCGCAGAAAUCAGUAUACCAGGUGACAUUGCUGAAGAAACUGUAGACCUACAACAACCAUUUACUGCUGAUGCAAAAUCAUAUUCAUCCAUAGAGGAUACACUCUCAUCAACUGCAACUGUAGAUGUUGGAAAGCCAAGUUUGGAAACCUCAGUGUCUGAAAUUAGUAUCCCAACUGAAACCACAAGGGAAAGUGAAGACAAGGAAAAAUCACUUGUUGCAAAGGAAUUGUUUGAGGAAAGUGUCAUGGAAAAGCCAUCUGAAGAGGAAGAGAAAGCCACCAAAGUUACUCCAUCAGAAGAGUUAGCUGUUUUCAAAGAUGUUAUAGCAAUUGAUGAAAAGAUGCCUGCCACAGCUGACACUGAAACUUCAGAGACACCACUCAAAGCUGCAGAAAAGGAAAUGGAUUCUUCUUUUGACACAUUGGAGAUGAAAGCAGGGGAAAUGCCAGUUAUGGCAGUUGAAACAAACCGGGAAGCAGCAAUACAAGAAGAAAUUACAGAUUAUGAUAAACAAGAAAGCCUUGUUGUUCCAAGGAAGGAAUCUACUGAAAUUCAAGAAUCACAAGUCAUUGCAGAAAAAACUGUCAUGGAGUCAAAGGAGGAGAUUGUUGAAGCGCCCACUGAAACAGCAAUUGCUCAAGUUACUGUUCCAUUCGAAACAGUUGAUGAAGUAAAAAUGGAACAAGUAUUGGCAACAUCUGAAGAGAAAAUAGAAAAACAAACAAAAGAAAAAUCUUCUCAAGAAACUAAGGAGGAAUGUGAAGUAGUUCCAACAGAAGAAUGUGUGGAAGAAACAGUUCUUGAUAUAGAGGAAAAGACUGUAUCUGUAGCAUCAACAGAUAUAGAAAAACCAAGUACACAAUCUCCAUCCACAGAAAUCUUUGUACCAUGUGACACAACAGAUAAAGUUGAUCUGGAAGAAACACCAGAUAUUGCUGAAGAGACUAAAGAGGAAGCAGUCACAAUGUAUACCAAAGAAAAAGAGGAGAAAGAAUCACAAGUUUUCGUCAAAAAAGAAUUUGUAGACCUUAAGGAGUCUGAAAAGAUUGCUGAAGAACCUAUUUCUCAGGCAGAAUUGCUUAUGACUUCUCCAAGCAUUGAGGUACCUCUCAAGGAAGAUGUCUCACAUGAAACAUUAGAAAUGAUACAAGAAAAGGAACAACCUCAUACAGCCAAUGAAGAAAUGGUGAAAAAAGUUGAUGAAAAAGUAACAGAAUUGGUAACACAAGAAUCUCAAGUUACUCCAACAAAAGAUUCUCUACAGUUGGAAGAUAGUACACCUGUUCAAGAUGAAAAACCUGUCUUAGAAUCAUCUGCUGAGACAGUAGAAUCUAGUCUACAUACAGCUGUCACUGAGGAAAAUGUACCCUGUGACUCAGUAGAGAUUAAAGAAAAGGAAAAACCACUUACAGCAACAGAGGAGGAAAUCAAGGAGAUUAAAGAAAAUGUCAUCAAGGACAUGGAGGAAGAAACUCAAGUUACUUCUACAGAAGAGUCAAUGUCUCUUCAAGACUCUGAGUCCAUUACUGAAAACUUCACAACUAAGGCAGUCAUUGAUACAGAAAAACCCAGUCAGGAAACACCUGUUUCAGAAGUUACUGUUCCAUGUGAUACUGUUAAUGAUAUCACAGAUAAACAAGAAAUUAUUAAAACCCAGGAAACCAGUGAAGAAGAACAAGUAGUCAUACCUACCAAAGAAACCAUGAAAGAAUCCAUGGUGAUUCCCUCGGAGGAACUUGUUGAAGAAAAAGAUUCAGAUACAAUAAGUGAAAAACUCACAACUGAGGCGAAUAUUGACACAGAGAAGCCCAGACUUGAAACAGCUGUGACUGAAGUCAGUGUUCCUUUUGACACUUUAGAAACUGCUGAAGAUGACAAGGAAGAACUAAGUAUUCUCGAACAAACAGAAAAAGAAGUUUUAGACCAUGUAGCUGCAAAGAAAGAAGAGGAAUCUUAUGUAGCUCCUUUGGAAGAAAUUGUUGAGACCAAGGAUUCUGGUUUAGUAGAUGAAGUAAUAUGCACAGAUACAGUAGCUGUCAAAGAAGACAGGGAAGUAGAUGCUCUAACAGAAACACCAUUGUCUAAGGAAUCAGAAACAAGCAAGGUACCCACACAUGAAGAAAUUGUUUCAGAGAAUGUCACAACCCCAUUGGAGGAGUACAGUAAUGAAGAAGUAAUUGAAAAACAGGAACAAGAAACAAAGGAGAAGACUGAAGUGAAACCUCAAGUUCUGUCAGAGUCUGCUGUUGAAGAGGAUGUUAUAUCUGAUGAAAUACUAGAGAAAACAGAUAUGAAUGAAAUAAAGAAACUUGCAGAAAAUUUUGUUGAGCAGAUUUUCCUUGAUGCUGUCAAAGAGUUAAAUCAACCAACAAAAGUUACUGAAGGAACCCUUCAAGAGAUACCACAUGAUUUAGAGGAGACGGCAUCAGAAGUGGUAGCACUUGGAACAGAAGUGACAGAAGAGGACAAGACUAUUGAGAGUACACAGCUGCAACUUGCUGAAAAAGAAGAAAUUUUAGAGCAAGAAGUCCCAGAUGAAGUAGGAACAACCAGAGUAGAAGUUGUAAAUGAAGAGGCAAUAAAAGAAUCUCCUGAAACUGAUGAAAAGGAACAAGAAGUAUCUGAUAUAUUGUUGGAGGUUGAUACCUUAAAAAAGAAAUAUGUUGUAACAGUUGAAGUUCCAUCACCUAGAUUCAUCAGUAUGCUGGAAGAUAUCACUAUCAAAGAAAGCUCUACAUUGUCUCUACGAGUUGAUUUUGAGCAAACAUCAGACGUAACAGUUAUGUGGUUCUUGGAUGGAGCACCAAUCACGAGUUCAGAGGAAAUCACAAUAACCGUGGAAAACAAUUCCACAACAUUGACGAUACAGGAUGUUCUGCCAGAAGAUGAGGGAGAGUACAAGGUGGUUAUAGAGAACUCAGCCGGUACAUCUCAGACUUCCUGCUACAUCACAGUGCUUUCCGUAGAUGAGGAAAAACAAAAGCAAAAACCCAAACCUAAAGUAAGCGAAACAACUGCUAAACCUGACGAAGUCAGCCAAGUCUCCAUCGAAGUUCAAGAGCAGCCUGAAGGUGUUGCACUUGAAAUGGACAUCUCUGAAAUUUCAGAGACCAGUGCAGUUGAAGUUUUGCUGAAAAAGGAAGAGAUAGUCAGUUCUGACAAAUCAGCCAUUGAAAUCACAUUAGGCAGUACCCAGAAACCUGAAGUGGAAACAUUACCAACAGAAGAGACCCCAGCUGUAGAAACAGCUGAACUAGACAUCACAGAGAAAGACAAGGGGGUGGCUGAAGCUCCCCGUUUCACAAAGACCCUCCAUCGACAGUUUGAAGUUAAUGAGGGAUUGUCGAUAACACUUGAAUGUGAAAUUUCUGGAAAGGAGACACCUAUUGUUACAUGGUACCAGGAUGAAGAGCCGAUCACUCCUGACGAGCACUUUGUUACCGAGUUUGAACACGGUAUAUGCCGCCUGACGAUUCACAAUGUGUACCUGGAGGAUGAAGCUGAGUACAAGUGUGAGGCCGUAACUAGUCAGGGUGUCCUUAGUACAGUGACAGAACUUUUCGUGGAAAAAGAGCUUCCCAAAAGCGAAGAGGAAGCCCAGUCCUUGCCCGAGGUCAAGGACACACUUGAUAGAUUGGAGGGUCAAGAUGUUGAGGCCACUGAAAAAGUGGCCCCUGAAAAAUCUGAAAUUACACCAGUUGAAUCCACAAGAAGUGACGACGUCACUUCUGAGACGGAGGAAGUUUCUUUCGAGAUUGUGACUGCGGAGUCCACUCAGAUUACUCCGCUGGAAAUCACAGUUCAGACUGAGUCAGCUCAUCCUGAAAAGACAGAAGUCCCUCUCAAGGCAGCAGUUCCAGAGGUCUCUGAGGUCAUCACCAAGGAGACUGAGGAGUUGAUCAGUGAGGAUACGGAUGAGGACAGAUCUAGAGAGGAAGUUGUUACAAAGGAACUGCUCAAGCCAGAGGAGGAACUAACUGUAUCACAGAUUGUUCCUGAAAGGGAAGUGGAUGAAAGUUUUGAUGAAAAGGAUGAAGCUGCACCUGAGAUCCCCAAAGGGGAAGCACCAGUUUUUACUACAAAUCUGGAAAAAUUGGUUGUACUGGAAGGAAAGCCUGUCCAGUUCCGAUGUGUUGUCACUGGAAUCCCAAGACCAGACAUUGUGUGGUUAUUGGAUGAUGCAGUGAUAGAAGACUCCACUACAUACCAGACCGAGUACACAUCGGAUGGAACUUGUACUUUGACUAUUGACAAGACCGUUAAAGAAGAUGAAGGCGAAUACGUUUGCCAGGCCACAAAUCAGGAGGGUACUGCGUCAACUAUGACUGAGCUUACUCUAACAGAUGAAACUACCUACAAACCAGAGGACAUCACAGCAGACUUCCAAGUUCUCCUACAAGAAGAAGUUCAAGAAAAACAUGUUGAACACAUUGAUACUGAGUUUACCUUGAAAGAUACAUUAUCUGAGAAAGAAAAACAAUAUGAAGAGGAGAAGGAAUCAACUUCAGAUGAAGACAAAAUACAGUCUCCAACUCCUUUUGUUGUGGAAGAAAAAGUAGAGAAACAAGCACCAGUGGUAAUCUCCCCUUUGAAGAGCCUCCAUUCCUCCGACGGAGAAGAGGCCCGUCUGGAAUGUCAGAUCACUGGAUCACCCAAACCAACUGUCACCUGGUACAAAGAAGGCCAGGUCAUCGUUAAUUCUGAGGAGUUUAAAAUAUUCUAUGAUGAAAACAAUCUGUGUUCUCUCUUCAUAUCUGAUGUCUAUCCUGAGGAUGCUGGGAAAUAUUCUUUGGUGGCUCAGAAUGAACUUGGCACUGCUGAAACAACAGCUGAGCUCUUUGUGGCAGCACCAGAUGAAAUUUUGGAGGAUGACUCUAUUGCCCCAGCUUUCACACAAAAACCGAAAUUCCAGACUGCCUCCAUCAGUGAAACUGUGACCUUUGAGGCUACUGUUGUAGCUAACCCACAACCAGAAAUUCGGUGGUCCAGGGAAAACACUGAAUUAGUUCCAACUGACAAAGUGAAAGUGACAAUCGAUCAGAAUGGCAACAUCUAUCACACCACGCUGACUCUGUCAGAGGUAGACGCAGAAGACGCGGGGACAUUCAAAGUUCUGGCCACAAAUGACCAGGGUGAAGCCAGCAUCUCAGUCUCUCUGCUUGUCAAAAAACCAGAGGGACCACAAAGGGUUGACUUCAGAGACUCAUUAACAACAGAAGUGCAGACUAAGGUGGGCAUUAAAUAUCAGGCAGAACAGAUGGACUUCAGAACGCUAUUAAAAUCCACUUCAGUCAAGUCCAAGAAAUUCUCACAGGAAGUUACAGAAGAAACUACCCAAGAAAUUGUAGAAACUGAACAAGUGGACUUCCGGGAAGUGUUGAAAAAGACUGUCACUUCACCACAAUUUGUUGUCAUUAUUGAGGACCUCAAAACUGAGGAAGGCUCUGAGGCAAAAUUCAUGGUCAAGGUUCGAGGUGAACCAACUCCAGAGGUCAUGUGGUUCCAUGAGAACGAACCAAUCAAAGACGAUGACAUCUACAAGAUCAUGGCUGGUGAGGAGGGUGAAGUAGUCCUGUAUCUGCCUGAGGUGUUCAUAGAGGAUGCCGGUGUAUACACGGUGAAAGCUGUCAAUGAGGCCGGCGAAGUCUCCUGCUCAGCAAUCCUCACAGUUCUUCAAGAGGAGCUGGAAGAUACAGAAGACAUCAAGGAGACACCUAAAGCAGAGUCAAUCGAGGAAACACCUGCGAAACCGUUCACAAUGCCAGAUGCUGAACAACUGGACUUCAGAGCUGUACUCAAAAGCAAAGUCAAGACCAAAUCGAACGAGAGCUUUGAAACUGAACAGCUGGAUUUUAGAAGUGCGCUUAAAACUAAAGUGAAAACAAAGGCAAACCAAGAAUUUGAGUCAAAACAACUCGACUUCCGAGGUGCUCUCAAAUCAGAGCAUGUACAAACCAAAGUGAACCAACAGUUUGCGCAUGAACAGUUGGACUUCCGAGAUGCUAUCAAAGCUCGCCAUGUGGAAACUAAAGUCAACCAGCAGUUCCGGCAUGAACAGUUAGAUUUUAGAGAAGUCUUAAAAACAGAGACUGUUGAGACCACAUUUAAUCAACAAUUUCCUCAUGAGCAGCUGGAUUUCAGAUCAGUACUCAAAGCCGACCGUGAAUCCAGUGAAGAAAUCACCCAAGAAGAGACUGUCAUUGAGGUUUCCAAGAAACCAGAGGAGGAGGUACCUCAGGUGUCCCAGAUAGAGGAAGUAGAACUGGUGGCUCCUAAAUUUAUCACCAGAAUUGACGACAUCAAAGUGGAAGAAGGAGAAGAGGUCAAGUUUAUUGCCAAGGUCACAGGCACACCCACUCCUGAGGUCACAUGGCACCAUGACAAUGAGGUCAUCAAAGAAGACAGUGAUAUAUACAAAGUGUUGCCAGGAGAGGAAGGGGAGGUCACUCUAUUGCUUACAGAGGCCUUUCCUGAGGAUUCGGGUGUUUACACUGUCACUGCCUCAAAUGCCGUCGGACGGGCGGAAUGUACAGCCAUGCUGACUGUCUCUGAAUUAAUUGAAGAUGAAGAACAGGUUCCAGAAGAACAAGUUGAGUUGAUUGAAAGCAAAGAAAUUAUUAAAGAGGAGGCAGCUGUCAAAAUACAGGCAAUGUUCCGAGGAUACAAGGCCAGAGAGGAGGUAAAGGACAUGAAAGAGACCAAGGAACAGCAGGAAGUUCCCACAUUUGAAGCUGAUACGACCUUUGACAUUAGUGACAUCAGCACUGACACAGAGAUUACAGCUCAUCUUCCUAGAGAAGACCAAUCACAGGAUACACAGCAGCAUUUGCAUGCACACAGCAGCAAUGACUACGAUGUAGGCACUAAAGUCUAUACCUGGAGGCUAGAGAGCACACCUCAAGACAGCUUUCCUCAAUAUGACACUUAUUUGUUCAAGGAGGAACUUAUUGUUACUGGCUCAGAGAGUGAGGAUCAAGGAUAUCUUCCAUCUGAUGAGGAAGGUGAAAGGACCAAGACUGCAGAGGAUGAAACUUCCACCUGGCAUAUAACAGGGGAAGAAGAAGAACCUCCUGCACUGCCUUCCACAUCUGCUCCGGAGCUUACAACAGACUCCACUCUGCUCUCCAGCAGACCCGAUAGGACAUCAGAGGACUUCACAUCCAUACCAAGCUCCACUAUACCCGAGGGCACAGAUGAAGCAUUCACUUUUGUAACAGCAGAAGAUCUUCCAGAAAAACCUGUUGAGGAAGAGUUUACCAUUCUCAGCAAGGAGGAUAUUCCACCUCUAGAUCUUCAACUGGGAAUUUCAUCUUCUGAUGAAAAAGAGGGAUCUGAAAAAUCCUACCCUGAGGACUUCACUAGUUCUGAUGAGGAUGACAGCUCAGCUGAAAAACGUCUAGCAACUGAGGAAGAAAAGAAAUUACUUGCCAAGCAAGAUGGAAUAGAAAAAGACAAAAUUCCUCAAGAGAAACAAGACACAGGCGAAAGAUCAGAGGAGUCUUCAACUUCAGAAGAGUCUGAAGGAGAAGAUGGCUUUGUGAAACCUUCAAUGCCAGACAUUGUUCCCAAAGAUUCCAACAUUCUUGACAGGAGUUUUUCAAGUGAAUCUGAUGAAGAAGAGAAAGAACAAAUAAAAGUUAAAGGUGUUCCAUUACCUGAUGGUUACAAAAUGCCAAAAGCAUCUUCACAGAAGGAAAUUUCAGUGCCUGAAAAAGAACUUGAACAGCAUCUCAUUGAGGAGGAAAUUGUUGUUCCAUCAGAGGACAAACCAGAUUUUGCAGGUCAAGUGAUAUCAGAAAAAGACACCAUUCUUCAAUUGGAUAAGAAUAUCAAGGACAAAUUUGAGGGUUUCAUUGAGGAAGGAAAAGAUCAUGGACCAACAUCUAUGGUGGACAAGGUCAGUCUUUGGGAUGAGGAAAGUGAGGAUGAAGAAAGAAAACUUGUCCGAAAAUUCUCUCCAUUUGAAAAGUCAAUGGAUGAGCAACCUGUGAGUGAUAUCAUCAUUGAGGAAAAUGAGGAAGAUGCAAUUAAACCUGAUUUCAAACAGCAGGUUUCAUUAGAGGAGAGUCAACCACCAGAGGCUGGGUUAAUCACCCAAAAAGAUUUGAAGGAAGGUGGUAAAGAAGGAAAUAAGGAGUUGGUGGAUCUAUCUUUUGACAAGCUGUUGCAAUCACCCACAGAAAUGUCAGAAGAAAGAGAAAUUGAGGAAGAAUUUGAACAGCCUGAGUUGUAUCAAAAGGACAGCUUUGCUCCAGAAUUUGAAGUCAAACCGAAGGACAUUUUCCAUGCUGAACAGUAUGAUCUGUUUAGAGGUGUGCCAGAAAGAGAUGAAGAUUAUGAGGAAGUUAGCAUUGAGGAGGAAGAAAUCAUUGAGGAGGAAGAGGUUCACGAUGAAUUCAUGGGUAGAGAAUACAUACUAGAGAAUAUUCCAGAAGAGGAGUCAUUUGAAACUUCAGAGAAUGAGGGAUAUACAGGAGAGGACCAACAGCUGAGCCCUGAGGAAACACGAACGAAACCAAGCAAAGAUCAAACUUCUGAGGAUGUGGAGGCUGCACUGACCCUGACGGAGGAUGAGGAGCCCACCUUCUUGCGAGAACUCUCUGACCAGGAAGUGACCGAGGAAGACACAGUGACCUUCAUUAUACAAGUCAGCGGCACUCCAUUCCCAGAAAUCACUUGGUACAAGGAUGGAGUUGAAAUUAAAUCAGAUGACCAUUUCAAUACUGAAGUUCGAGGAAACUUUGCCUCUCUCAUUAUCAAAGAUGUCAUCAUUGACGAUGAUGCAGAAUAUGCUGUAAAGGCCAGCAACAAAGCAGGCUCAAAGACCAGUAAAGGAGAACUCUUUGUCAAUCCCUCUGGUGAGGCACCAUCCAUCCUCUCGAGAAUUGAAGACAUUGAGGUGGAACCAAGUGCUCCGAUUGUCCUUGAAUGUCAGGUCAAAGGUCAUCCAAAGCCAAAGGUCACCUGGUUGAAAGAUGGAGAAGAAAUAUCAGGUCCACAGUAUAGGGUCGACUACGUGGAUGACAUUGUGUCGUUGGAGAUUGCAGCGGCUGAAAUAGAGGAUGAGGGGGAAUACACUCUCAGUCUCACCAACGAGAAAGGUGUGGCUUCCUGCUCCUCAAUGGUCAUGAUACAACUCGACAAGCCGGUGAUCACCCACCCACUGUCAGACGUGACAGUGUCUGCUGCAGAUACAGCCAGGCUGCAAUGUGAAAUCAUUGGUCGACCAACACCUGACGUAGUGUGGCUGGCCAAUCAGUCGGUCAUCGAGGAAAGCCCCAAAUACCGCAUGAGUUAUGACGGAACUACCGCAGUGUUGGAAAUUCACGACACCGGAUUUAAUGACGCUGAAGUGACAUAUACGUGCAGAGCUCAAAACCAUGCUGGGACAUGUGAUACUACGGCUCAUGUCGAAUUACAAGUACCACCAAGCAUCCUCAGCUUCCCUGAGAAGAUCACGAUACUAGAGGGAGAGGAGGUGUCCAUCGUUUGUAAGAUAGAGGGAGUGCCCUCCCCCAAACUCUCCUGGACUGUCGAGGACAAGGAGCUCAUCCCAGAUCAACACCACCUGUUGGAGGUCAUCGAUGACACAGUGGUCCUCAAAAUCCCACAAUGCACUGCUGAUGAUGAGGCCAUCUAUGUUCUGAAGGUCGAAAACCCAGCAGGCAGCGAUACAGUGGCCAUUCCUGUCAAAGUUGAGGGAACUGAGAAAGUUGUUAAGACGAAGGAUACAGCUAUCAUCACACCGGAAGGAAGAGCUCCAGAAUUCGUGCUUCGCAUCAAGACAGAAAAGGUUGAGGAGGGUGAACUCGCUGAUUUCACAUGUGAGGUGGUAGGUACCCCCAAACCCCAGCUCAACUGGAUCUACAAUGGCCGCCAGCUGGUGGAUGAUGGAAGAUAUGUCAUCUUUGAGGAUGACGACGUGAACCAUUUACAGAUAUACGACAUCAAACCGGAGGACGCAGGAGAAUACAGGGUACAGGCAGAGAAUGAACACGGCCAAGUCAGCUGUUCAGCCGAACUACAGGUGGAAGCUCUGCCGGUCCAAGAAGAAGUGACAGAACUAGAGGCUCCUAAGUUUGUUGUGGAGAUUCAGACGUUAGAGUCCAGUAUUCACGACAAAGCCAAAUUCACUUGUAAAGCUACUGGCAAACCAACUCCAGGAAUCCUCUGGUACAAAAACGACAAGGAAAUCUCCAAAACUGACAACAGAUUCACUAUUCAGUUCGAGGACAAGGGAGAGUCUUCCUUGCUUAUAGUAGAUGUCCUACCCGAACAUGACGGUACAUACACAGCCGAAGCUAAAAACCCGGCGGGGACAGCCAGAUGUAAAGCGGAGCUCUUCGUGGAAGAACCAAAAGAAGACAAACCGUCCAUUCCUGAAUUCAUCAAAGUUCCAGAACAGAUUGUUGCAAGGGAACGUGACCUUGCACAAUUCAUUGUCAAGGUCAUUGGUACACCUAAGCCCACAGUUCUCUGGAAGAAGGACAACAUGGUUUUAGAAGAUCUUGAACUUUACCACUUUGAGAAAUACGAGGACACAUACUGUUUUGAGAUUAAGACUGUAGAGACAGAAGAUGCUGGAGUUUACACCUGUGUGGCCAAAAACACAGAAGGGGAGGCAACCUGUGACAUUCCACUCGUAGUCAAUGAGAUCAGAAGAGACCAGAGACUCUCAGAAUCUCCGCUAGUCCUACGACACCAAGACUCCUCACAGGCACCAGAGUUCACCGAGGUCUUUGACACCUGUACUGUCAUGGAGGAUAAGCCGUUGUCCUUGAUGGCAAAGGUGACCGGAACUCCUCGUCCAGAGGUCAUGUGGUACCGUAACAACAAGGAGCUGGUGACCACGCCCAAUGUCAAGCUGUCUUACGAGGAUGAAACAUGCUCGCUCAUCAUCAAGAAAAUGACAAUGGAUUUGGAGGGAGAGUACAAAUGUGUGGCUAAAAACCCUGCUGGUUCCUCCGAUAUCGCUGCCAAGGUCAUUGUGGAAGGAAGGGCGGAGACUCCCAUCUUCUCCCGCAAACUCAACAACAGAGAAUGCAAGGAGGGCCGACCAAUCAAAUUUGAGUGUGCUGCUAAAGGCAUUCCUCAACCUGAAGUCACAUGGUACUUGAACAACCAGCCGGUGGAGGCGGGCCUACGUUUCCACACCGAUGUUCGUAAGAGUUACGCUGACGUGGUAUACAGCCUCAGCAUUGACAACUCCGAGGUGGAGGAUGCUGGUGAAGUCAAAGCUAUCGCUCACAACAAAGCUGGAGAAGCUGUCACCAUUGCCAAACUCAUUGUGGAAGAGAAAAAAGAGGCUCCCAAAUUCAUCAAAAAACUGGACAAUGUGGAUGUUGUGGAAAAGGGUACUGCCGUACUGGAAGUGGAGGUCUCAGGAAAACCCAAGCCACAUGUCAGCUGGCUUAGAGCAGAUAAGGAACUUAAAGAGAGUGAUCAAGUGAAGUUUGAGGUAGAGGAGAAGGUCCACAGAAUGAUCUUGAACUCUGUGACCCCAUCUGAUGCUGCCCUCUACACUGCCAAGGCCCAUAACACAGCUGGAUCUGUAUCCUGCAAUGGACGAGUCAAAAUUCAACCUGCCAGACGUCCUUCCAUCCAGCCCAGGAAGAUGUCAGACACUUUGGUACCAGAAGAUGGACAAGUCACAUUCGAGUGUAAAGUGGAAGGUCUUCCACUUCCUGAGGUUAAAUGGUUUAUCAAUGAUAAGGAGAUUGAGGAAGGAGAAGAUGUCCAUUUGACCUUCAAUCGCCGUGACAGUACUUAUUCCCUGGUCAUUGACAAAGCCUCUGCUGAGUUACAGGGUACACUGAAAGCCGUAGCUGUCAGUAAUGUGGGAGAGGAUCUCGUUACUGCAGAACUAGAAAUCCGAGGACAAGCACCUGUUUUCUCUGAAGUACCAAUCAAGUGCACAAUCCUGGAAGGAAACACUGCCAUAUUCCGUUGUAAAGUGAAUGGUGAACCCACUCCAGGAAUCCAAUGGUCAAAAGGAAAGUGGAACAAGCUCAAAGAUGGUGGUCGCUACAAGAUUUUCCAGGAUGAGACCACAGGGGAACAUGUUCUAGAGAUUGCAGACAUCAAAAGGAAAGAUGCUGGUACCUAUUUAGUGAAGGCAACCAAUGAGCAUGGCAGCUCGGAUGCUCCGGCUACACUGAUUGUGACGGACAAACCUGAAGAGGCUGAGGACUGGAUGGCUAGACUCAAACAUAGAGAAAUAGAGAAGAAGGAAAUCCCUGAAGAAGAACUCAUACUACCAAGUCUGAAGCACGUAGAACAGGAAGGGAAACCUGAAGAGAAGAAGAAAUACAAACCAGAUGCCAAAGACAUUGAAGAACCAUCAGAAUACGAGAUCGUGUUCAAGAGGAGACAAUCACAGAUGCUAGAGAGGGUUUCAGAGGAAGUGCAAGAACUGGCUAAAAGAGAAAAACCAGAAAAAGAGGAAACUCCUGCCAAGAAAGAAGAAGCACCAAAGGAAGCUGGACCAGACGAGGUGGACAAAGGAUCGUACCAGCGUGCACGUCACGAGGCUGAGCUGGAGGAAGCAGAGGAGACCAUGCUAACCAUCCCUAAAGCUCAGUGGAAGGUCGUCAGACCACUCAAGGACAUGGCUGUGACUGAGACUGAGGAAGCAGUGUUCGAGUGUGAAUUCAAUGUUCCCAAAGUGAAUGUCACGUGGAAGGUCAAUGGUGAAGAGAUUGCACAAUCUCCCAAACACAUCAUCAAAUCAGAGGGCACAGUUCACAUACUGAUCAUCACUAAGUGCAGAAUACCAGAUCAGGGGACGGUGUCAUGCUCGUAUGCUAAGCUCGAGACUACUGCCAAAUUAACUGUCACAGAACUAGUCAAAGAAUUCACAUUAAAUCUAGAAGACACAGUAGUAGAAAAGGACAGUGAUGUGACCUUCACCUGCAAGGUCAACGACGAAGAUCUGGAUGUGAAGUGGUUGAUUGACAGCCAGACUCUACCUGAGUCGGACAAAUACUCGGUGAUCUCGGAGGACGUGACACAUUCUCUCACCAUCAGAGAUAUCCAACCACAGGACUCCUGUGAUGUCACAGCAACAUUCGGAGAUGAAUCAACCUCUGCUAGACUCUCUGUUGCAGAUGUCAAAGCAGACUUUGUCCUACCUCUCAAAGACCAAAAAGCCAAAGAAAACACCUCAGUAGAAUUUGACUGCACCUUGACGAUAUCCACAAACGAUGUCCACUGGUUCCUCAAUGACGUGGAACUCCACCCCACCGAGAAUGUGGAAAUUAUAAAAGAAGGAACCAAGCACAAGCUAAUCCUGAAAAAUGUCAGCCCCCAACAAACCGGCCAAGUCACGGUCAGCGUGGGAGAGAAGAGUUCGACUGCUACUCUCAUUGUUGAAGAAGUCCCUGUAGAAUUCAGUGCAACAUUAGCAGAACAGCGCGUGGAAGAAAAUACAGAGUGCCACUUCACUUGUGAACUCAAUAAGGAGGAUGUCCCGGUCACAUGGCACAAGGACACCAGUAAAAUUGUGCCCAGCAACAAGUAUCGUGUCGAGGACGUGGGAACCAGUCACACGCUGGUCAUCAGCGACGUGAACAGGGAAGAUGUGGCAGAAUAUUCUGUGACUGCCGGUGACGUACGAAGCACUGCCAGACUGCAUGUCGAUGAAAAACCACUAGAAUUCAUUGAACCUCUACAAGAAGCUACCUGCUCAGAAGGAGAAAAUGUGACCUUCACUUGUGAGGUCAGCCAAGAUCAGGUCAAGGCCACUUGGAUGAAGGAUGGUAAAGAACUGGUUCCCUCUGAGGAUGUCGAUAUUCAGGCUGUCGGAAAGGUGCACAAACUGACCCUGAAAAAUGCUACACUGGACGACAGAGCAGAAUACACUAUCUGUGUCAAGGACAAGAAGAGCACUGCACCACUCUUUGUUGAGGAAUCACCACUUGAGUGGGUGGUGUCUCUGAGAGAUCGCUAUGAUAUAGCGGAAGGUGACUGCAUCUCAAUGAUUUGUGAGGUCAACAAGCCGAACGUGCCCGCCAUGUGGCUGAAGGAUGGGGAACAGAUAACUGUGGCUGACGGAUACGAGAUCAUCAUGGACGGCUGCCGCCACAUCCUGCGCAUUCCUUCCUGUGAACUGGAAGAUGAUGCGGAAUAUACAGUAAUGGUGGGAGAUUUGGAAUCUAUCACAAGCCUCUUUGUGGAAGAAGUCGUGCUUGAGUUCACACACAAACUGAACGAUGCCACAUUCACUGAGGGUGAAAUGUUCGAGCUCAGCUGUGUGCUGAGUAAGCCGGACGUACCAGUCACCUGGAUGAAGAAUCGGCAGCCUCUGACUCCCAGUGACAGAAUCCGGAUCCUGUGUGAGCGCUACAGACACGUCCUCCAGAUCAUGGAGGCUAUUCCUGAGGACGAGGGCGAAUACACUCUGAUGUUGCCCAACAACACUGAGACAUCAGCUAUUAUCAAGGUCAAAGAAAAACCAGCCAAAUUCACCAAACCUCUUGGAGAGAUAAAAGCCAAAGAGGGUGACAGUGUGACCUUGACCUGUGAACUUGAUAAGCAGGAUGUAUUCUGCACGUGGCUAAAGGAUGGAGAAGAACUGAAGCCUAGUGACCACGUCCAGAUUUCUGCUGAUGGUUUCACUCAACAACUCCUCCUGACUGAUGUCACCAUUAAGGAUACCGCUAAAUACACCUGUGUGUGUGGUGAUGUGUCUACAGAGGCCACCCUCCAAGUAGAAGAAUUCCCAGAGACCCAAGUAACAGAAUUACCAGAAACCCCAAUAACAGAAACUCCUCAAGAGACCCCAGAAACUGAAGAAAGAGAAGAGGAGGUCAUAGUAACGGAGGCCUUAGUUACAGAAACCCCUGUAACAGAGGUCCCAGAAAUUAAGGCAAAAGAAAUUGAGGUCAUAGUAACCAAGGCCCCAGAAACAGAUGCCACAGUAACAGAAACCCCUGAAGCUGAGGUCACAGUAAUUGAAACUCCUGAAGCUGAUGUCAUAGCAGAAGAGGUCCCAGAAACAGAGGCAAAAGAAAUUGAUGUCAUAGUAACCGAGGCCCCAGAAACAGAUGCCAUAGUAACUGAGACCCCUGAAGCUGAGGUCACAGUAACAGAAACACCUGAAGCUGAGGUCAUAGCAGAAGAGGUUCCAGAAACAGAGGCAAAAGAAAUUGAUGUCAUAGUCACUGAGGCCCCAGAAACAGAUGCCAUAGUAACAGAAACCCCUGAAGCUGAGGUCACAGUAACCGAAACUCCUGAAGCUGAGGUCAUAGCAGAUGAGGUCCCAGAAACUAAGGCAACAGAUAUUGAGAUCAUAGUAACCGAGACCCCAGAAACAGAUGCCAUAGUAACAGAGACUCCAGAAGCUGAGGUCACAGUAACAGAAACUCCUGAAGCUGAGGUCAUAGCAGAAGGGGUCCCGGAAACUGAGGCAAAAGAAAUUGAUGUCAUAGUAACCGAGACCCCAGAAAAAGAUGCCAUAGUAACAGAAACCCCUGAAGCUGAGGUCACAGUAACCGAAACUCCUGAAGCUGAGGUCAUAGCAGAAGGGGUCCCGGAAACUGAGGCAAAAGAAAUUGAUGUCAUAGUAACUGAGGCCCCAGAAACAGAUGCUAUAGUAACAGAAACCCCUGAAGCUGAGGUCACAGUAACAGAAACUCCUGAAGCUGAAGUCAUAGCAGAGGAGGUCCCGGAAACUAAGGCAAAAGAAAUUGAUGUCAUAGUAACUGAGGCCCCAGAAACAGAUGCUAUAGUAACAGAAACCCCUGAAGCUGAGGUCACAGUAACCAAAACACCUGAAGCUGAGGUCAUAGCAGAAGAGGUCCCAGAAACAGAGGCAAAAGAAAUUGAGAUCAUAGUCACUGAGGCCCCAGAAACAGAUGCCAUAGUAACAGAGACUCCAGAAGCUGAGGUCACAGUAACAGAAACCCCUGAAGCUGAGGUCAUAGCAGAUGAGGUCCCAGAAAUGGAGACAAAAGAAAUUGAGAUCAUAGUAACCGAGACCCCAGAAAAAGAUGCCAUAGUAACAGAAACCCCUGAAGCUGAGGUCACAGUAACAGAAACUCCUGAAGCUGAGGUCAUAGCAGUAAAGGUGCCAGAAAAAGAGGUAAAAGAAAUUGAUGUCAUAGUAACUGAGGCCCCAGAAACAGAUGCCAUAGUAACAGAGACUCCUGAAGCUGAGGUCCCAGUAACCGAAACUCCUGAAGCUGAGGUCAUAGCAGAAGAGGUUCCAGAAACAGAGGCAAAAGAAAUUGAUGUCAUAGUAACUGAGGCCCCAGAAACAGAUGCCAUAGUAACAGAGACUCCUGAAGCUGAGGUCCCAGUAACUGAAACUCCUGAAGCUGAGGUCAUAGCAGAAGAGGUUCCAGAAACAGAGGCAAAAGAAAUUGAGGUCAUAGUAACUGAGGCCCCAGAAACAGAUGCCAUAGUAACAGAGACUCCUGAAGCUGAGGUCACAGUAACAGAAACUCCUGAAGCUGAGGUCAUAGCAGAAGAGGUCCUGGAAACAGAGGCAACAGUAAUGAAAGUCCCAGAAACAGAUGCCAUAGUAACAGAAACCCCUAAAGCAGAGGUGAAGGUAACAGAGACACCAGAAACUCUGGAGGAAGAGAUCAAAGAAACUGAAGUUCCAGUAACUGAAAUCCCAGCAGAGGAGACUCUAGGAAUUGUGGCUAUAGAAAAAGAGGUUAAAGCUACAGAGACAGAAGUCAUCAUUACAGAUGUACAUGAGACAGAGGUGACUGAAGGGGAGGCCCAAGGAACAGAAACUCCAGAGGUGAUAGAUAUAGAGGUCCAAGCACAGGAAUCCCCAGUUACAGAGACAACACAGGCAGAGGGCCCUGUGACAGGAGUUUCAGAGGAAGAGGUUUUAGUGACCAUGACUACAGAGACAGAUGUCUCAGUACCAGAAGCUCAAGAAACAACUCCAGAAAAAAUAACCUUUGAGACAGAUAUUGAAGAAACUACAGCCACUGGAAAAGAAAUCUCAGUGACAGGAGCCCUAAAGUCAGACGUGACAGUUACUGAGAAAGAGACCUUGGCAAUGGUUACCCCAGAAACAGAGGUGACAGUGUCUGAGGAAGAGGCCUUGGUAAUGGCUACCCCAGAAACAGAAGUGACAGUCUCUGAAACUGCCAAAAAGGAGGCUCCAGAAAUAGAUAUCACAGUGACUGAAGUCUCAGAAAAAGAGGCCCCUGUUGAAGAGGCCAUACCUGCAGAGGUUCCAGUUUCAGCAACAGAAUUUCAAGAUUCAUUUGUCACAGAAGCAGACGUUCCAGAUUCAGGGGUCACAGAAACAGAGACUGAAGAGGCAGAAACAACAGAGAAAGAUGUCCCAGUUGCAGAAAUUGUAGUAACGGAGGCCACAGAAGCAGAUGUUACAGUGCCACAGGCCCCAGAAACAGUCGCACCAGAAACACAGGUCCUAGUAUCAGAGAAAACAAUAACAGAAUCUCUAGAGAAAGAAUCUGAAGAAUCUGUUGAGAUGGAGAUUCCAUUGAAAGAGGCUCCUGCCACUGAGGUCCCAGAAAUGAUUGAAACAAAGGUCCCAGGAGAGGAAUCAUUUGUGAUGGACACUCCUGUGGUCCCAGUUUCAGAGAGCUCAGAAACUGAAGUUACAGUGACAGAAGUCCCAGAAGCAGAAGCUUCAGAAGAAGAGGUAUUAGUGACAGAAACUCUAGAGGCCCCAAUGACAGAGGUCUCAGAAGCAGAAGACACUGUCAUCGAAAUUUCAGAAACAGAGGCACAAGAAAAGGAAGCCUUUUUUACCAAACCAAUGGAGGACCUUGGAACAGAAGAAGAAACAAAUUUCCAAGAAAAAGAUGUAAUUUUGAUAGAAACUCCAGAUGCCCAAGAUACAGAAAAAGAUUUCUCUAUGACAGAAAUUUCUGAAUCCGACGUGCAUGUAAAAGAGACUACCACAGCAGAAACCUUGGCAACAGAAAUCUCAGUACCAGAAACUUCAACACCUGAAAUCCCAACAUCCUUCAGAACACCUCUCACUGACCUCUUUGCUAAAGAAAAUGACACAGUAACCUUAACCUGUGAACUUGUUCAACCCAACAUUCUAUGCAAAUGGCUUAAAAAUGACUCUGAAAUCAAACCUACUGACCACUCACAAAUUUCCCAUGAUGGCUUUACACAACAGCUUGUACUAACUGGUGUUACUGUGGAUGACACAGCUAAAUAUUGUUGUGUAUGUGGUGAUGUGUCUACUGAAGCCAUGCUGCAAGUAGAGGAAGCACCAUUCACCUUUACCAAACCCCUCACUGACCUCACUGCCAAAGAGAAGGACACUGUAACCUUGACCUGUGAACUUUCCAAACCAAAUAUUCCUUGCAAAUGGCUCAAAGAUGGCACUGAAAUUAAACCUAGUGACCAUGCACAGAUCUCCUAUGAUGGUUACACUCAGCAGCUCAUACUAACUGAUGUCAGUGUUGAUGACACUGCCAAAUAUUCAUGUCAGUGUGGUGAUGUUUCAUCCGAAGCCACACUUCAAGUUCAGGAAGCACCUGCCACCUUUACCAAACCCCUCACUGACCUCACUGCCAAAGAGAAGGACACUGUAACCUUGACCUGUGAACUUUCCAAACCAAAUAUUCCUUGCAAAUGGCUCAAAGAUGGCAUUGAAAUUAAACCUAGUGACCAUGCACAGAUCUCCUAUGAUGGUUACACUCAGCAGCUCAUACUAACUGAUGUCAGUGUUGAUGACACUGCCAAAUAUUCAUGUCAGUGUGGUGAUGUUUCAACUGAAGCCACACUUCAAGUUCAGGACUCGCUGAAAUUCAUCCGAGAACUGACAGAGACGCGUGUAAUUGAGGAGCACACAGUGACCUUGGAAUGUGAGGUCAACCUGCCCGGCCUGACCGCAACAUGGCUGAAGGACAAAGAACCUGUGGUCCUCAGAAAGUCCAACUCAAUCCGUGUCAAAGACGGCAUACACAGCCUUGUGAUAGGUUCAGCUGAGAUUGAUGAUGAGGCCGAGUACACAGUACAGAUAGGAGAUAUCUCAUGUUCAGCUGCUCUCUUUGUGGAAGAGGCUCCUGUAGAAUUCAUCAAACCACUCAAGGACAUUCAGGUCAUGGAGAAGACCAAGGUCACUCUGGAGUGCGAGGUAAACAAACCUAAUCUGAUAGCCACCUGGUACCUGGAGGGGGAGGAGAUCAAAUCUGAUGACAGAGUGGAACUAGUGGUUUAUGACACAGUCCACCAGCUCAUUAUCCAGACCACUAAACUCACAGACGAGGGAAAAUACACCAUUGAUGUGGAGGGCCAGAAAUCCUCCUCUACACUGCUCGUAGACGAAUCCCCAGUCGAAUUGGUUGCACGCUUGCAUGACAUUUGUGUCCCGGCUAAAGGCACAGCUGUGUUUGAAUGCGAAGUAUCACUGCCUGGUGUCAAACCGCAGUGGUACAAAGAUGAAGAACCAAUCACAAUCAGCGAUGGUUAUGACAUCAGAACAGAUGGGACACACCACUAUUUGUACCUAGAGAAAGUGGGACUUGAUGACAUCGGGGACUAUUCGGUCCAAUUUGAUGAUGUGGAGUGUACUGCCACUCUUCAGAUUGAAGAACCUCCUUUGAAAAUCACUAAACCACUGGAAAAGAAAGAAGUUCCUGAGAAAGAACCAUUGACCUUGACCUGUGAAGUCUCCAAACCAGGAGUCAUGGGCAAAUGGUUCAAGGACAACAAAGAAGUUUUACCCUCCGAAAAUAUUAAAAUCAUAGACGAUGAGAAUGUUCAUAAACUGGAAAUUCUGGAUGCCACAUUAGCUGACAGUGGAAACUACAAAUGUAAACUGGAGGACAAAGAAACCACCUGCAAGGUCGCUGUGAAAGAAAAGCCUUUGGAUUUCAUCAAACCUUUGAAAGACACAGAAGUUGCAGAGGGUCAAGAUAUUGAACUCGAAUGUGUAGUGUCCAAGAAAGACAUUAAGGCCAAAUGGCUGAAGAAUAAUAAACCACUGCCUGUGGACAACAGAGUCAAGGUCACUGCUGACAAGGACACACACAAACUGACCAUCAGAUCUGCAAUUGUUGAGGACAAAGCAGAAUACUGUGUCAAGAUUGCUGAUAAAACAUCAACUGCUAAAGUCUUUGUAGAAGAAGAAGUAGUGGAAUACGUUAGAAAACUUGCUGAUGUGGAGGUUAAAGAGAUUCCCUCUACCGUAACCUUUGAAUGUGAGCUCUCUAAACCCGACAUUGUAGUCAAAUGGUUCAGAGAUGGAAAACCACUGGGAGAGAGUGAUAAAUACCAGAUGAUUGUGGAUAAGACUGUUCACAGACUGGUUAUCGCAGAUGUGGACGGAGAGGAUGAAGGCGACUACAGCAUUGUUGUUAGAGGGAAGAAAUCAGAGGGAGAACUCAUUGUAGAGGUACCUCCACAGCUUUUCUUGGACAAACAGUUUGAAGAGGAGGUUGUUUUGAAGGCUGGACAGUCCAUGGCAUUCGAGAUUCCAUUCAAAGGUAACCCACAGCCAAAGGUGACCUGGACCUACAACGAUGAACCUCUUCCACAGGAGAAGAGAAUUGAGAGUGAGACCAUCUACAACAUGACCACACUUAGACUCGGAAAGGUCAAGAGGUCAGACACAGGAAACUACACCCUUACUUUGGAGAACUCUGCUGGCAAAGUCUCUAUAACCAUCAAACUGACAGUAUUGGACAAACCCAGUGUCCCACAAGAGUUAACUGCCCCUGAGGUCAAUGCAGAAUCCAUCACUCUGAACUGGCAGCCUCCAGCAGACAAUGGAGGCAGUGAAAUCCUGGAGUACAGUAUUGAAAAGAAAGAAUUCAACCGCAGAACAUGGCAACAAGUUGGCACCACCAAAGAUCUGACCUUCACUAUUCCUAAACUCUUGGAAGGCAACAAGUACUUCUUCAAGGUCGCUGCCAGAAAUGACAUCGGCAUUGGAGAAGCUGUAGAGCUGACAGAGGCUAUCACAGCCAAGAAUCCAUUUGUGGUGCCCGAUGCCCCUGAUGCUCCAGUCAUUUCAGACAUCACAGCUACCUCAGCAGUUGUCACAUGGCAACCACCAGCCAAUGACGGUGGGUCCCCUGUCAUCGGAUACCGCCUGGAGAGGAUUUCUGGUUUCAGUGGACGAUGGGUUUCUGUGACCAAGGAUCUCAUCCCAGAGAUGACCUUCAGUGUCGCUGACCUUGUGGAAAAUAACACCUAUGAAUUCAGAGUUAUUGCUGAAAAUAAAGCUGGCCAGAGCAAGCCCAGUCCACCUUCAGAAAAUACCAAAGCACUCAACCCUUGGACUAAACCAAGUGCACCAGGAACUCCAGAUAUUAUCAAAACAGACAAAACCUCAGCUGACCUCAAGUGGACUCCACCCACAGAGGAUGGGGGUGCUCCUAUCACUAACUAUGUCAUCGAACACCGCCCCAGUGGUGCCGUCCGUUGGACCCGAGCCAACAAGUCUCCCAUCACAGACACCACAUUUAGUGUACCUGACCUUAAGGAGGGAUCUGAGUAUGAAUUCCGUGUGUCAGCUGAAAACAAAGCUGGUGUUGGGCCAGCUUCAGAACCCACCAAAUCUGUCAAGGUGGAGAAACCUAUAGAGGGCAGAGCACCAAAAGUCGUGGAGAACUUGAAGGAUGCUACCAGUAUAUCCCCAGGGGAAGUCACCUUAAAGUGUGACCUUGAACUGGGAGAACCAUUAGCAGAAAUAAAAUGGUUCAAAGGACCAAAGGAAAUCAAGAAAAGUCCAAAAUAUGUCACAAAACUCGAGAACAAGGUUGCCUCCAUUGUCAUCCAUGAAACAGAACCUCAGGAUGCUGGUGUGUAUUGUUGCCAGGCAACCAACCAGCUUGGACAAGUUCAGACUGAGGCAACUCUGGCAGUGCACACACAUCCCAAACUGGAAUAUGAAAAUAAACUUAAAACUAAACAGCUGAUCAAGGUUGGACAGUCUAUCUCCCUACAAGUGAACAUUAGUGGUAUACCCAAUCCCACCGUCAACUGGACACUGAACAAGAUCAUCAUCGAAAAAUCCCCGAAGAUCAGCAUCGAGACUACAGACGACUUUAGCAUGCUGACUGUGAAGAAUGCUACACUGGAUGACACAGGAGCCUAUGCCAUUACUGCUGAAAAUGUGGUGGGCAAGGCUGAGGCAGAAUUUAACGUCGCUGUUAGAGACAAACCUGGAAAACCCAACAAUCUCGAGGUUCUACAAGUCAUGAAGGACUCUGUUGUGUUGUCAUGGCAACAACCUACCAAUACAGGUGGCUCAGACAUUUCUGGUUACAUCGUUGAGAAGCGUGAUGCCAAACGUAAUACAUGGGCACCCGUGGAAAAUGUUGACAGUAACACCACAACCUAUGCUGUACAAAAAUUGGUAGAGGGCAAUGAAUACUUCUUCAGAGUAUCUGCCAAAAAUGAUAUGGGCACUGGAGAGGCAGCUGAGAUUGACAGAGGAACAAUUGCAAAGAGUCCAUUUGAUGUACCUGGGGCUCCAAGGAAUCUUCAAGUCUCAAAGGUGACAAAGUCCAGCAUCUCUCUGACCUGGGAGGUUCCUGAACAGGAUGGUGGCUCCCCAGUAACUAGUUACAUAGUGGAGCGCCGCCAGAUGACCUCCACAAGGUGGACCAAGGCUCAUAAACAACCCGUGACAGAAACUGUGUUCACAUCUACUGAUCUCAUAGAAAUGGCAGAGUACAGCUUCAGAGUGACUGCUGAAAAUGUUGCUGGCAUUGGUAAACCCUGUGAACCAGUAGGACCCAUUCUCACCAAGAGUCCGUUCGAUGUGCCAGAUGCUCCUGGCAAACCUCAGAUUUCUGAAGUGACCAAAGACACUGCAACAUUAACCUGGACACCACCUGAAAAAGAUGGUGGAAAUCCCGUCUUUAACUACGUCAUUGAAUACAAACCAACAAGAGCCUCCAAAUGGAUCGCAGCCAGUCACAAUAUCACUGUGGCAAAGACAGAGUUUACUGUGAAGGAGCUAACCGAGGGAAUGGAGUAUGAAUUCAGAAUUAAGGCAGAAAACCAAGCCGGACUCAGCAAACCCUCACCUUCCACCAGUGCUAUCAUCAAAGAACCCGUCAGUGGAGAGGCACCCUCUGUACUGGAGGGGCUUCCAGAUGUCAGUGUACUGCUGGGUGAAGACGCCACCCUCGAAUGCCAGAUAAGUGGCAAACCUGAACCCUCGGUUACUUGGAGCAAAGACACUCGUACAAUUGCUGAGAGUAAGAAGUAUGAUAUGAGCCGAGAUGAGGUAUCUGUGUCACUGACCAUUCGAGAUGUCUCUGAGAAAGACUCAGGGAGCUACACUUUGGAGGCUUCAAACGAUCUCGGUUCAGUGUCCACAUCGGGACAACUGGACGUGCAAGCCAAACCAGAACUUGAAUUUGACAACAAAUUCCGAGAUGUGAUAACUCUCAACAGCGGAACAUCAUUGAGAAUACCGGUUACUUACAAAGGUCUUCCAAAGGCCACCAUAACCUGGGGCAAGGACGAGAAAACUCUGAAAACAGGCGGUAAUAUCACCAUAGAUACAAAGGAUACCCUCACUACUCUACAGGUCAAGAAGGUCACACGGGCAGAUGAUGGCCUCUAUUUCAUCACAGCUGAAAAUGAGGCUGGCAAAGCCAAAGCAAGCUUUGAUGUAGAAGUAAUUGAUGUACCUGACCAACCAGAGGGCCCAAUAAAGAUCAGUGACAUCAACCGUGACCACGUCACCCUCGCUUGGGCACCACCCAAGGAUGACGGUGGCAGCAAAAUCAAAUCCUAUAUUGUGGAAAGAAGAGAACAGGGCAGAUCUAUGUGGAGCAAAGUGGACACAGUGGAUGCCUCAAAGACCUCCAUUGUGGCUACUGGACUCUCUCAAGGAAAGGAAUAUUUCUUCCGCAUCUUUGCUGAAAAUGACAUCGGAAUGUCCAAGGGUCUUGAAUCCAAGCAGGCAGUUAUUCCCAAAAGUCCGUUCGAAAAACCAACCAGUCCAACUGGUCCCCUAUCAACCAAGGAUAUCACUACUGACUCGGUGACCUUGACCUGGCAACCACCAGCUUCAGAUGGUGGCUCUGCUAUCAAAGGAUACUUGGUGGAGAAAUAUGACAGUCGCAGAAUGACAUGGGUAAAAGUUGCUGACAUUGAUGAGAAGACCACAUCAUACAUAGUUCCCAAACUUAUUGAAGGACAGAAAUACAAGUUCAGGGUCUCAGCUUUAAAUGCUGAAGGUCAAGGACAACCAUUGGAGACAGAAGGAGAUGUGGUGCCAAGAAAACCCCCAGCUGCACCAGAAAAGCCAUCUGGACCAAUAAAAUUCUCCAACAUUCUGGGUGAUUCUGUGACCUUAACUUGGUCUCCACCCAAGAAGGAUGGAGGAGCCCCAGUGAAGUCUUAUAAUGUGGAACGGUCAGUGGAUAACGGAAAGACAUGGGAAAAAGUGGAGAACAUAGACACCACCAAGUACACAGUCACUGGUCUCAAGGCCGGAGACAAGUACAAAUUCAGAGUGGCAGCUGUCAACGAACUUGGGGAGGGAGAUAUGCUUGUGUCAGAAGCAGUUGUACCUCAAAGACCAACUGAUGCUCCAUCUCAACCAUUCGGACCUCUGGAGCCAAAGAACAUCAGAAAAGAUUCCCUAACACUGACUUGGCAACCUCCUAAAGAUGAUGGGGGGAGUCCCAUCACAGGAUAUAUCAUUGAGAAAAGAGAGAACAAGAAAGGAAAAUGGACACCUGUGGAGAAGGUUGGCAAAGGAAUCACAGAACUGGAUGUGAAGAGACUACAAGAAGGAAAAGAGUACUACUUCAGAGUCAAAGCUGAGAACAAGAAGGGAAUCAGUGAGGCUCUAGAAACAGAGACAUCUGUUGUUCCCAAGAGUCUGUUUGACAAACCUGCAGCACCAGAAGGACCUCUCACUAUGUCCAAUUUGACUGCUACCUCUGCUGAUCUGGAGUGGAAACCACCAAAGACAGAUGGUGGUUCUCCCAUUACUGGCUACAUCAUUGAGUCCAAACCCAGCGCGAGGGCCAGUUGGAAUAAGGUGGCCAAUGUGGAUUCAGGCACCACCAGAUACACUCCUAAAGAUCUGCGUGAAGGAACCGAGUACUACUUCAGAGUGUCUGCUGUUAAUGAAGAGGGACAGGGAUCUCCACUGGAGAGCAAGGAAAUUGUCAAACCAGAGAAAAAGAUUGAUGCUCCAUCCUCACCAAGUCAAUUCAAAGUAUCAAAAGUUGGCCCAGACUUUGUCACACUGGAUUGGAAGCCCCCAUCUUCAGACGGUGGGUCCAAAGUGACAGGGUAUGUUGUAAAACAAAAGAAAGGACCUGAUGGCGAUUGGGAAGAAGUGGCCACUCUAAAGGCCUUUGACAAUUCCUACAAAGUCCCCAAACUCAAAGAAGACCAGGAGUAUUUCUUCUCCAUCACAGCACUGAACAAGAAAGGAGCAGGAGAAACCUCUGAACUGGACACAGCUGCCAUUCCAAAGAGACCUCCAGGGCCUCCAUCAAAACCACUUGGACCAAUAGAAGUUAGUGACAUCAACAAAACAUCUGCCAAGUUGUCCUGGAAGCCCCCAUCUUAUGAUGGAGGUUCUCCACUCACUGGAUACCUGAUUGAGAAACGUGAAGGGCGUAAAUCUUGGGCCAAGGUAGACAAAAUCUCCCCUGACAUGACUGACUACCAGGUGAAGGGUCUGACUGAAGGGGCAGACUACCAUUUCAGGAUCACACCUAUUAACAAACACGGAAGUGGAGAGGCUCUGGAGACUGAAGCUACCAUCAAACCUAAGAGUCUCUUUGAUAAACCAGAAAAACCAGCUGGGCCAAUAACAUUCUCAGAUAUAAAUAAGGAUUCUGUGACCUUGAACUGGAAUCCCCCAGUCAAGGACGGUGGAUCCCCAGUAACCAAUUAUAUAGUGGAAUACAAAGAUGCAAAGAGAACUACAUGGUCCAAGGCAGGAGAUGUGUCCGCUGACAAAACUGUCUUCACAGCUGACCGACUCAUUACUGGAAAUGAUUACUACUUCAGGGUCAUUGCUGUCAAUGAGGAAGGUCAAGGAAAGCCUCUGGAAUCCCUAAACACAGUCAAACCUGAACAAGCAAUUGCACCACCAAAAGCACCAAGCAAUUUAACUGUGAAGAAAGUGGAUAGCAACAGUGCAUCACUACAAUGGAAACCUCCUCAAGAUGAUGGAGGGUCAAAGGUCACAGGUUAUAAGGUUAGAGUGAGAGAAGAAGGUUCAGACAAAUGGAAGGACCUGGCCACUCUGACUCCUUUCGAUACAGAUUACACCGCCAAAAACCUCAAGACAGGAAAGGAAUAUUACUUUGCCAUUGUGGCUGAGAACAAAGCUGGUUUGGGAGAUGCUGUGGAGACAGAGUCAUCUGUAAUACCAAGGAAGAAACCGGAAAAACCAUCGGCUCCAGUCGGCCCCAUCAAGUUCUCAGACAUUCAGAAGACAUCUCUGGUCUUGUCAUGGCAACCAAGCAAGAAUGAUGGUGGAUCACCACUGACUGCCUACUAUGUGGAGAUGAGGGACUCCAAAUUUGGAUCCUGGUCACCAGUCACCAAAGUUACCCCUAACAUCACCCACUACUGUGUUCAAAACCUCAAGACAGAGAAAGAAUACUUCUUCAGAGUCAUAGCUGAAAACAGUGUAGGAAAAUCUGAGCCUCUUACAUCAGAUGGAGUCAUUCCAAAGAGCCAACACACUGCACCAUCUGCCCCUCAGGGUCCAAUGCAGUACUCUGAUUUGACAGACAAAUCUGUGAUUAUCAGCUGGAAGCCACCCAAAUCUGAUGGUGGUCUCCCUUUAAAAGAAUACAUUAUAGAGAGAAGAGACACCAAGCGCACCACCUGGGCCCCGGUAGAUAAAAUCAACCCAGACAUCACCACCUACACAGUGCAAAAUCUGGUGGUUGGAAAUGACUACUACUUCAGAGUAAUGGCUGUUAAUGAAGAAGGAACCAGUCCACCAUUAGAAGGAGAACCAGUUAGGCCUCAGAAGGCAGCAGAUGUUCCAAGUGAACCUCGAGGUCCACUAAAUGUCAGUAAUGUUUCGGGAACCUCAGCAGCCUUGACGUGGAAACUUUCGGAUAAAGAUGGAGGCUCCCCUAUCACAGAGUAUCUCAUUGAAGCCUCCACUGACAAUUUGAACUGGACAAAGCUUGGAACAGUCGACAAACUUUCAAACAAAUAUAAGGCACAGAACUUAGAAGAUGGCAAAGAUUACACUUUCAGAGUUUCUGCUGUCAAUAAAGUUGGACCCAGCCAACCACUGGUCUCCAAACCAGUCUCCAUUGAGAAACCAGCAGAAGCCCCAAGCAAACCAAAAGGACCAAUAACCACCUCUGAUGUCAGCAAGGACUCCAUCACUCUCUCCUGGGAACCACCAGAGACUGACGGGGGAUCUCCUCUUAUAGAAUAUGUCAUUGAGAAACGUGACACCAAGAGAUCCAUGUGGGCCCCAGUUACCAAAGUCCCUGCAAGCAAGACAUCUUGUGUGGCAGACAAACUACAGGAGGGAUCAGACUACCUGUUCAGAGUAACAGCCGUCAACAAGAAGGGUUCCAGCAAACCACUGGAAUUAGAUUCACCUGUCAAAGCCAAGAGUCCUUAUGACAAACCUUCAGUUCCUGUUGGUCCACUAGAAGUAUCCAAUGUCACAGAGAAAACUGCCAGUGUUUCUUGGAAAGCCCCAGAGAAUGAUGGUGGAUUGCCCUUGACUGGAUACCUGCUGGAGGUUAGGGACAGUCGCCGCACAGCCUGGAAGAAGGUCACGGACCUGAAGCCAGCACAGACAUCAUUCACAGUACCUGACCUUAAUAUUGGAAAUGACUACUUCUUCAGAGUCACGGCCAUCAAUAAGGAGGGGCCAAGCACUCCUCUACAGACACAGGAAGCUACAAAGAUAACCAAGGACAUUUCACCACCUGGUCCACCUGUGUCCAUCAAGGUACCAAAAGUUGGGGAGGACUUUGUAGAGCUUGAUUGGAAGGCCCCGUCUCGAGAUGGUGGCUCCAAGGUCAAAGCGUACCACAUCUACCAGUCCACCACUCCAGGGGACUGGCAGGAAUUGGCCACAGUCAAGAGCUUUGACAACCACUACUCUGUCUCAGGUCUCAAGGAAGGAGUAGCUUACAACUUCGCUGUUGCUGCUGAGAAUGAAGCUGGUGUUGGAAAACUGUGUGAAACUGACAAAGCUGUUAAGCCAGUUAAACCUAAAGGAAAACCAUCUAUGCCAGAAAAACCAUUUGAAGCCAAGGACAUCCAGAAAACAGAGUUGACAUUAACAUGGAAACCUAGCACUUCAGAUGGAGGCUCUCCAAUCACAGGCUACAUUGUAGAGAAAAGGGAAAGCUGGAAAUCCUCCUGGAUAGAGGUCGACAAAACUCGUGCAGAUGUCUGUGAACUCAAGGUCAAACGUCUGAAAGAAGGUCAGGAGUACUUCUUCAGAGUGUGUGCUGUAAACAAAAUCGGUCAGUCUGAUUUCCUGGAACUUGGUACUUCAAUCACUCCAAAGAGUCCAUUCACUGUGCCAUCAUCCCCCGAGGGACCACUAAAAAUCACCGAGAUAACUCAAACAUCUGUCACCAUUUCGUGGAAGGCAUCUCGAGACAACGGGGGUCUGCCCAUUACCUCAUACGUGAUCGAGCGUCGUGACCCCAGGUUCACUUCCUGGCUACGAGUGGACACUGUGAAACCUAGCAUUUCCAGUUACUGCGUACAGAAUCUGGUGGAGGGAAAUGAAUACUUAUUUAGGGUUUAUGCUGAGAAUGAGGAGGGCUCCAGUGAGCCCCUGGUAUCAGCUGAAAGUGUGAUACCCCAAAGAGAACCAGCUGUCCCACAGAAACCUGUAGGCCCGCUGUCACUGAGUGACCUUGAUUCUGACUCGGUCACAUUGUCAUGGCAACCACCAAAGGAUGAUGGUGGAAACCCAAUAACAGGAUACAAAGUCCAGGUCUCUGAAAACAAUUCUGAUUGGUCAGAUUUGGACACGCUUGAUAAAUUUAGCAAGGAAUACAAAGCAAAGAAUCUGAAGGAGAAUAGAGACUAUAAGUUUAGAGUGGCCGCUCUCAACAAAGUGGGGACAGGUCAACCACUGGAAUCAGAGGUCAUCACACCAAGGAAACCUAAAGGCAAGCCAUCUAAACCCACCGGCCCAAUCACUGUCAGUGAUGUACAGAAAACCUCAGCCACCAUUGAGUGGAAACCUCCACAGAGUGAUGGUGGAUUACCACUAAAGGGAUACGUGGUGGAGCUGAAAGAAGCCAGAAAAACAAUGUGGAAGAAGGUGGAUAAACUGACCCCUGACAUUACAUCUAUAUGUAUCCAGAACCUGAAUGAAAAUGCCGAGUAUUACUUCCGAGUGUUUGCUGAGAACAGUGCUGGAUUCAGUGAAGCUCUGGAAAUGGACAAAGCAGUGCUCAUCAAGAGUCCAUUCGACAAACCUAGUGCACCAGAAGGACCACUGGACGUCUCAAAUGUAACCCUAAACUCGGCUGAGUUGUCUUGGAAGGCUCCCAAAUCUGACGGUGGAUCCAAACUCACUGGCUACCUCAUAGAAAUGAAGGAUGUGAGGAAAUCUUUCUGGAACAAAUGUGGACAAGUCAAACCAGAUGUGACUAACUUCACAGUCAAUAAACUGAUUGAGGGCAAUGAGUAUGUUUUCAGAGUUUAUGCCACCAAUGAGGAGGGACAGAGUUCUCCUCUAACCUCAGACAAGUCUGCUAAACCAUCAAAGAAACUCGCUGCUCCAUCCAAACCUGAAAAGGUCAAGGUUACAAACACCGAAAAAGACACUGUGACCUUAGAAUGGUCCAAACCAGCCGCAGAUGGCGGAGCUAGAAUCAGACGUUACAUCAUCUACAAGAGGAUUGAAAUGACAGAGAAAUGGGUCAAGGUCACCACAGUAGAACAAUUUAUUACACAGACUAUCAUUGAGAAACUGGAAUUUGAGAAGAACUACUUCUUUGCUGUAUCUGCAGAGAAUGAUAUUGGAGAAGGUGACAAGGGAGAAACCACACAACCCACAAAAUUGGAAAAACCAAGUGGUGUACCAUCUGCUCCUGAAGGCCCAGUAGAGGUGUCUGACGUUACCAAGGCAACAGCCACAGUGUCAUGGAAAGCCAGCAAAUCAGAUGGAGGCUCACCAAUUAAACACUACAUCAUUGAACUAAAAGACAGCUACAAGUCCUUCAGCCAAGUUGGCAAGGUGCCAGCAGAUCAACUAAACUUUGAACUAACCAAACUGAAAGAAAAUCAACAAUAUCAUGUCCGCAUCACUGCAGAGAAUGCUGUUGGAAAAUCUAAACCACUGGAGAUAGAGAAACCAAUUACACCAACAAGUCCAUUCAAAGUACCAGAUACCCCAGAAGGACCACUGGACAUCUCCAAUGUGACCUUGAACUCUGCUGAUCUGACCUGGAAGGCUCCCAAAUCUGAUGGUGGAUCCAAACUCACUGGCUACCUCAUAGAAAUGAAGGAUGUCCGCAAAUCUUUCUGGAACAAAGCAGGAGAGGUCAAACCCAACGUGACCAAAUUCACAGUGGAAAACUUAAAUCUGGACACUGAGUAUGUUUUCAAAGUUACAGCAAUUAAUGCUGAAGGUCAAAGUCCACCUCUGACAUCCGACAAGUCUGCCAAACCAACCAAAAAACUAAGUCCACCACAUUCACCAGAAAAAGUGAAAGUAACAAAAGUGGAGAAAGACUCGGUCACUCUUGAGUGGAUGAAGCCCGACUCUGAUGGUGGAUCUAGAAUCAGACGUUACAUCAUCUGGAAACGUUUGGAAAUGACAUCUGAAUGGACCAAAGUCACCACAGUGGAACAAUUCAACACCAAAACAGUCAUUGAAAAGUUGGAGUUUGAAAAGAGCUUCUUCUUUGCAGUGUCUGCAGAAAAUGAUGUUGGAGAAAGUGAAAAGGCAGAAACAUCCAAACCAACUAAACUUGGAAAACCAACUGGAAAACCAUCUAAACCCACCGGCCCAAUCACUGUCCGUGACAUACAGAAAACCUCAGCCACCAUUGAGUGGAAACCUCCACAGAGUGAUGGUGGAUUACCACUAAAGGGAUACGUGGUGGAGCUGAAAGAAGCCAGAAAAACAAUGUGGAAGAAGGUGGAUAAACUGACCCCUGACAUUACAUCUCUAUGUAUCCAGAACCUGAAUGAAAAUGCUGAUUAUUACUUCCGAGUGUUUGCUGAGAACAGCGCUGGAUUCAGUGAAGCUCUGGAAAUGGACAAAGCAGUGCUCAUCAAGAGUCCAUUUGGAAAGCCAAGUGUUCCGGAAGGACCACUUGACAUUUCAAAUGUGACCUUGAACUCUGCUGACCUGUGUUGGAAGCCUCCAAAAUCUGAUGGUGGAUCCAAACUCACUGGCUACCUCAUAGAAAUGAAAGAAAAAAGCAGGUCCUACUGGAGCAAAUGUGGAGACGUCAAACCAAAUGUGACCAAAUUCACUGUGGAUAAAUUAACUCUGGAUAAAGAAUACCUAUUCAGAGUAACUGCCCUGAAUGAUGAGGGGCAAAGUCCACCUCUCACGUCGGACAAAACUGCUAAACCCACAAAGGAUCUGACUUCCCCAUCCAAACCUGAAAAGGUCAAGGUUACAAACACCGAAAAAGACACUGUGACAUUGGAAUGGUCCAAACCAGCCGCAGAUGGCGGAGCUAGAAUCAGACGUUACAUCAUCUACAAGAGGAUUGAAAUGACAGAGAAAUGGGUCAAGGUCACCACAGUAGAACAAUUCAUUACACAGACUAUCAUUGAGAAACUGGAAUUUGAGAAGAACUACUUCUUUGCUGUAUCUGCAGAGAAUGAUAUUGGAGAAGGUGACAAGGGAGAAACCACACAACCCGCAAAACUGGAAAAACCAAGUGGUGUACCAUCUGCUCCUGAAGGCCCAGUAGAGGUGUCUGACGUUACCAAGGCAACAGCCACAGUGUCAUGGAAAGCCAGCAAAUCAGAUGGAGGCUCACCAAUUAAACACUACAUCAUUGAACUAAAAGACAGCUACAAGUCCUUCAGCCAAGUUGGCAAGGUGCCAGCAGAUCAACUAAACUUUGAACUAACCAAACUGAAAGAAAAUCAACAAUAUCAUGUCCGCAUCACUGCAGAGAAUGCUGUUGGAAAAUCUAAACCACUGGAGAUAGAGAAACCAAUUACACCAACAAGUCCAUUCAAAGUACCAGAUACCCCAGAAGGACCACUGGACGUCUCCAAUGUGACCUUGAACUCUGCUGAUCUGACCUGGAAGGCUCCCAAAUCUGACGGAGGAUCCAAACUCACUGGCUACCUCAUAGAAAUGAAGGAUGUCCGCAGAUCUUUCUGGAACAAAGCGGGAGAGGUCAAACCCAACAUGACCAAAUUCACAGUGGAAAACUUAAAUCUGGACACUGAGUAUGUUUUCAGAGUUACAGCAGUAAAUGCUGAAGGUCAAAGUCCACCUCUGACAUCCGACAAGUCUGCCAAACCAACCAAAAAACUAAGUGCCCCAUCUCCACCACAGAAAGUGAGAGUCACUGAUUCACAGAAAGACUCAGUCACUCUUGAGUGGAUGAAGCCCGACUCUGAUGGCGGAUCUAGAAUCAUACGUUACAUCAUCUGGAAACGAGUGGAAAUGACAUCUGAAUGGACCAAGGUCACCACAGUGGAACAAUUCAACACCAAAACAGUCAUUGAAAAGUUGGAGUUUGAAAAGAGCUUCUUCUUUGCAGUGUCUGCAGAAAAUGAUGUUGGAGAAAGUGAAAAGGCAGAAACAUCCAAACCAACUAAACUUGGAAAACCAACUGGAAAACCAUCUAAACCCACCGGCCCAAUCACUGUCCGUGACAUACAGAAAACCUCAGCCACCAUUGAGUGGAAACCUCCACAGAGUGAUGGUGGAUUACCACUAAAGGGAUACGUGGUGGAGCUGAAAGAAGCCAGAAAAACAAUGUGGAAGAAGGUGGAUAAACUGACCCCUGACAUUACAUCUCUAUGUAUCCAGAACCUGAAUGAAAAUGCUGAUUAUUACUUCCGAGUGUUUGCUGAGAACAGCGCUGGAUUCAGUGAAGCUCUGGAAAUGGACAAAGCAGUGCUCAUCAAGAGUCCAUUUGGAAAGCCAAGUGUUCCGGAAGGACCACUUGACAUUUCAAAUGUGACCUUGAACUCUGCUGACCUGUGUUGGAAGCCUCCAAAAUCUGAUGGUGGAUCCAAACUCACUGGCUACCUCAUAGAAAUGAAAGAAAAAAGCAGGUCCUACUGGAGCAAAUGUGGAGACGUCAAACCAAAUGUGACCAAAUUCACUGUGGAUAAAUUAACUCUGGAUAAAGAAUACCUAUUCAGAGUAACUGCCCUGAAUGAUGAGGGGCAAAGUCCACCUCUCACGUCGGACAAAACCGCUAAACCCACAAAGGAUCUGACUUCCCCAUCCAAACCUGAAAAGGUCAAGGUUACAAACACCGAAAAAGACACUGUGACAUUGGAAUGGUCCAAACCAGCCGCAGAUGGCGGAGCUAGAAUCAGACGUUACAUCAUCUACAAGAGGAUUGAAAUGACAGAGAAAUGGGUCAAGGUCACCACAGUAGAACAAUUUAUUACACAGACUAUCAUUGAGAAACUGGAAUUUGAGAAGAACUACUUCUUUGCUGUAUCUGCAGAGAAUGAUAUUGGAGAAGGUGACAAGGGAGAAACCACACAACCCACAAAAUUGGAAAAACCAAGUGGUGUACCAUCUGCUCCUGAAGGCCCAGUAGAGGUGUCUGACGUUACCAAGGCAACAGCCACAGUGUCAUGGAAAGCCAGCAAAUCAGAUGGAGGCUCACCAAUUAAACACUACAUCAUUGAACUAAAAGACAGCUACAAGUCCUUCAGCCAAGUUGGCAAGGUGCCAGCAGAUCAACUAAACUUUGAACUAACCAAACUGAAAGAAAAUCAACAAUAUCAUGUCCGCAUCACUGCAGAGAAUGCUGUUGGAAAAUCUAAACCACUGGAGAUAGAGAAACCAAUUACACCAACAAGUCCAUUCAAAGUACCAGAUACCCCAGAAGGACCACUGGACGUCUCCAAUGUGACCUUGAACUCUGCUGAUCUGACCUGGAAGGCUCCCAAAUCUGACGGAGGAUCCAAACUCACUGGCUACCUCAUAGAAAUGAAGGAUGUCCGCAGAUCUUUCUGGAACAAAGCGGGAGAGGUCAAACCCAACGUGACCAAAUUCACAGUGGAAAACUUAAAUCUGGACACUGAGUAUGUUUUCAGAGUUACAGCAAUUAAUGCUGAAGGUCAAAGUCCACCUCUGACAUCCGACAAGUCUGCCAAACCAACCAAAAAACUAAGUGCCCCAUCUCCACCACAGAAAGUGAGAGUCACUGAUUCACAGAAAGACUCAGUCACUCUUGAGUGGAUGAAGCCCGACUCUGAUGGCGGAUCUAGAAUCAGACGUUACAUUAUCUGGAAACGAGUGGAAAUGACAUCUGAAUGGACCAAGGUCACCACAGUGGAACAGUUCAACACCAAAACAGUCAUUGAAAAGUUGGAGUUUGAAAAGAGCUUCUUCUUUGCAGUGUCUGCAGAAAAUGAUGUUGGAGAAAGUGAAAAGGCAGAAACAUCCAAACCAACUAAACUUGGAAAACCAACUGGAAAACCAUCUAAACCCACCGGCCCAAUCACUGUCCGUGACAUACAGAAAACCUCAGCCACCAUUGAGUGGAAACCUCCACAGAGUGAUGGUGGAUUACCACUAAAGGGAUACGUGGUGGAGCUGAAAGAAGCCAGAAAAACAAUGUGGAAGAAGGUGGAUAAACUGACCCCUGACAUUACAUCUCUCUGUAUCCAGAACCUGAAUGAAAAUGCUGAUUAUUACUUCCGAGUGUUUGCUGAGAACAGCGCUGGAUUCAGUGAACCUCUGGAGAUGGACAAAUCUGUUCUUCUGAAGAGUCCAUUCAAUCCACCAAAUGCACCAGAAGGACCUCUCCAGAUUUCAAAUGUCACCUUGAAUUCUGCUGAAUUGUCUUGGAAACCACCAAAAUCAGAUGGUGGUUCCAAAUUGACCAAAUACCUAAUAGAGAUGAAAGACACCAGGAGAUCUUAUUGGAACAAGGUGGAGGAGGUGAAAGCCAACAUCACCAGCUAUACAGUCAGUAACCUGACAACAGACAAUGAAUAUUUAUUCCGAGUGUUUGCCAUUAAUGAGGAGGGCCAGAGUCCACCUCUCACGUCAGACAAGUCUGCCAAACCAAAGAGAGAUCUCACUGUACCUUCACGGCCUGAAAGAAUCACCGUCACCAUCACGGACAAGGACUCGGUGACCCUGGAGUGGGGCAAACCCAAAUCUGAUGGUGGAUCAAGGCUCCGUCGAUACAUUAUCUGGCGUAGAGUGGAAAUGACCGAGAAAUGGGUCAAAGUCACCACAGUGGAACAUUACACCACCAAAACAGUGGUGGACAAACUGGAAUUUGAAAAGAACUACCUCUUUGCUGUGUCUGCUGAGAAUGAUAUUGGAGAAAGUGAUAAAGCAGAGACCAGAGAACCCAUCAGACUCGCAAAACCAAGUGAUGUGCCCGCUGCCCCAGAGGGUCCACUGGUUGUGUCCAACAUCAACAAGACCUCCGCCUCACUAUCCUGGAAAGCCAGUCCCUCCGAUGGAGGCUCUCCCAUCACUGGCUAUGUGGUAGAAAUGAGGGAAAGCUGGAAGACCACCUACUCCCGUGUGGAGAGGGUCCCAGCCGACCAGAUGACCUAUGACCUGACCCGUCUGAAGGAGGGACAGGAGUACUUUGUCCGAGUCCUGGCGGAGAACAAGGUGGGACAGUCCAAACCCCUGGAGGCUGACAAGGGAUUCAAACCAGAGAGCCCAUUCAAUGCACCUUCUGCACCAAGAAAUCUCCAGGCCACAGACAUAACUAGCUCUUCAGUGACUAUUUGCUGGCAGACACCAUCCAAUGACGGUGGACUCCCCAUCAAGUCCUAUACUGUGGAACGUAGGGACAAGAAAUAUGGCUCCUACACCAAGGUGGAUACAAUUAAGGCCCCCAGCACCACAUGUGUGGUAGAAAGACUGCAACUUGAGAAAGAAUACUACUUUAGAAUAACUGCCACAAAUGAGGAGGGAACCAGUCCACCAGCAGAGAUGUCAGAACCAGUCAAACUAGUCAAAGAACCAGAAGCCCCAGAGUCACCCACUGGACCAAUCAAAUUCUCUGACAUUCUGGCAACAAGUCUGACCAUGGAAUGGGGUCCCAGUAGGAGUGAUGGAGGAUCACCAAUUCAAAAUUACAAAAUUGAAAUGACAACUGACAAAAAGAACUGGGUAACGGCCAUGACCUGUGACCGCUAUACAACCAAGGUCAAGGUCAGGGACCUAAUAUCAGACCAGAAAUAUCACUUGCGAGUCAGUGCUGUGAAUCAUGUUGGCAGCAGCGAAGCUCUGAUGUCUGAUGAAGUAAUCCCAAUCAAACCACCCGAAGUUCCAUCACCACCAACUGGGCCACUGGAGUUCUCAGAAAUCACAAAGACAACCGCGGUGGUGUCCUGGAAACCACCCAAAGACAAUGGAGGAAGUCCAAUCACUCAUUACGUUGUGGAAAAGAGAGAGGCAAGAAAGACAACCUAUACCCAGGUGGAGAAACUCGGCCCCAAGGCCCAGUCUUGUAAGAUUCAAUAUCUGCUGGAGAGUACCGAGUACUUCAUACAGGUCAGAGCCCAGAACAAAGUGGGCAUUUCUCAGCCACUGGCCUCAGACAAACCACUGGUGCCCAAGCACCCAUACACUGUACCAUCUGCUCCUGUUGGACCACUGAAGGUGUCGGAUAUAACAGCAAACUCUGCCACCCUCAGCUGGAAACCACCACAAGAAGACGGUGGUCAACCCAUCAAGCGGUACAUUGUGGAACGCCGCGACACACGCCGCACAGCCUGGGUUCAGGUGGAGACCCCACGACCAAGCGUACUGACACUGACCACUGACAAGCUCAUUGAGGAUGUGGAGUACUUAUUCAGAGUAUCUGCUGAGAACAUUGAAGGACAAGGGCCUUAUCUGGAGACAAAAGAACCCAUUACACCAAGAAGGGUGCCAGUUAAACCUGGUGCUCCCUCUGGAAGAGUUCGAGCCAGCAGUAUAACUCCAGAAUCUGUCACACUGUCAUGGCAACCACCAGUCGAUGAUGGUGGGGCACCAAUCAAGAAAUACAUCAUUGAGGCCAAGGAGACAUCAGGAAACUGGUCCCCACUGACCGAGGUUUCUCCCAAAUCUACAACAAAAACUCUCUCUGACCUCAAAGAAGGCAAAGAAUACCAGUUCCGAGUGGUGGCUGAAAAUGAGGUUGGGCGUGGGAAAGACACCAAGUUGGAUGAAUCUGUUGUUCCAACCAGACUACCUGAGGUUCCAAGUGCACCCCAGGGACCACUCAGAGCAGCAGACAUCACUAAAGAUUCCAUCACGCUGUCCUGGCAACCACCAAAAGAUGAUGGUGGCAGUCCACUGACUGGCUACAUCCUGGACAAACUGGACCUACAAUGGGGUGGCUGGAAGAGAGCCACCAAGGUCCCACCCAGUGCUACCAGCACCACCCUGACUGGUCUCAUCAAAGGACACGACUACAACUUCAGAAUCUAUGCUGAAAACAAAGUGGGAGUCAGUGAACCCAUUGAACUGAUUGAUGCUAUCCAGGCCAAGAGCCUUGUCGAUGUCCCUUCGGCACCCCAAGACUUUGAGAUCACAGAAGUGACAGAUGAAUCAGCAACACUAGAGUGGUCUCCCCCUGCUUCCACAGGUGGCACUGAUAUCAUUGGCUACCCUGUAGAGCGUCGGGAAGCAGGACGCAUGAACUGGAUUCGCAUCAAACGUGUGGAACCGGAUGUCACGUGGUUCACCGUAGAAAACCUGCUUGAAGGCCGGGGCUAUGUUUUCAGAGUCUUCGCGGAAAAUUGUGAAGGUCUCAGUCAGCCGACUGUCAUUGAGAAGACAGUGGUACCACAGAGAAAACUAGCAAAACCAACUGAACCACAGAACUUUGAAAUAGCUUACACAGAAAAAGACUCAGUCACCCUUCAGUGGAAGAAACCUAAGUCUGAUGGUGGAGCAAUGAUUUCUAAAUACAUCCUGGAACAAAGGAAGGGAAGAUUAGGAUCAUGGAGCAAGAUCAAGGAGCUAGAAAGCUACCAGCACUCGGCUACCAUCAAACACCUGGAACCAGACUGUGAAUAUGGAUUCAGACUGAAGGCAAAGAAUUCUGAGGGAUUCAGUGAACCUGUGGAGCUGGAAUCUUCCAUCAAAUCCAGCAAACCACCAGAGAAACCAUCUAAACCAGUUGGACCUCUAAAGGUGGACGAUGUGACUGAAGACCAGGUCAAACUGUCAUGGAAACCACCAGAGAGUGAUGGCGGAUCCAAGAUCACAUCUUACGUCGUGGAGAAAUGUGAGGCUCGUCACCCACGAUGGCUCCGAGUGGCCCGUCUACCUCCUGGCACCCUCAGUGUGGACUGUUACAAUCUUAUUGAGGGCAUGGACUACUUCUUUAGUGUGGCAGCUGAAAAUGAAGCUGGAAUUAGCUCACCUCUGGAAUCAGAGAAACCUGUCACACCCAAGAGCAAAUAUGGACCACCUGCCGUGCCUGUUGGACCAAUCAAAUGUACACAGAUCACCAGAGACUCGGUCACCAUUGAAUGGAAACCUCCCAAAGAGGACGGCGGUUCACGGGUGACCGGCUACAUCAUGGAGAAGAAGGAGGGGCCCAGACACACUUAUGUUCAUGUGUCCAAGACGAUGUCCGAGGAGACCUCCUUGACCAUUCUUGGCUUGAAUGAGGGCAAGGAUUACUACUUCAGAGUGUAUGCUGAGAACAAAUAUGGCCGAAGUUCAGCACUGGAGUCCAAAGAGCCUGCUACACCAAAGAGGACUCUAGAACCGCCAUUGUCCCCUGCUUCUCUACAUGUCAAGGACAUCACUAAAACUUCACUAACCUUGACCUGGGAACCACCAAUGAGUGGACCCGAGGGCAUCACCGGCUACACCAUCGAGCGCCGUCUGUCGAACAGUGACAAGUGGGAACGAGUGGCUCGUGUGCCUGGACAAGUCCUAAGUCACCACCUGAAGGGACUUAGAGAGGGCCACGCCUUCUUCUUCAGAGUCAUGGCAGAAAAUGCUGCUGGUGCCAGCAAACCUACUGAGCUGAAAUCACCUGUUGAGCUCAAGGGCAGGAAAGACAAGCCACCAGCACCUACAAAUGCUCCAGAAAUCCUGGCCAUUGGGCCCCGCUUUGUGGAGUUGUCAUGGCAACCACCUGAACAUGAUGGUGGUUCCCCCAUUACUGGUUAUUAUCUGGAGAGGGCGGACCUCUCAGGAAGAACUUGGAUGCCCAUCAACAAGACACCAAUCAAAACAACUAAACACAAGAUUGAAAACCUGUACGAGGAACUUAAAUACGAAAUAAGAGUUCGUGCAGAAAACAAGGAGGGUAUUGGUGAGCCCUCCCCCGCCACAGAACCAUUCUACUGCAAGGAGUCUAUAGUGACUGAAGCACCUAAGAUUGUGAAACAUUUGGAACCACUGACUGUCACAGAGGGUCAGAAUGCUGUGUUUACCUGUGAGAUCUCGGGCAUGCCCAGACCCAGCAUCACAUGGUAUAAGAACUAUCGCGAAGUGUUCAACACCAGACACACAGAAAUCAAGAAAGAGGAGGGAGGAAAAUACACCUUGACUAUUAAGAAUGUUACUGAAGAAGACAUUGGUGGCAUCGAAUGUCAUGCUCGUAAUUUCUACGGUUCUGUGUCGUCUAGAACCAGUCUUGAUGUCAAUGUGCCGGCUAAGAUAGUAGACAUGCCCCAGAGGUACCUGGAUGGCGUACAGAUCUGCAAGGGGGAUGCCAUUAUGAUCCGCAUUCCCUACAAAGGCCGACCAGCUCCCAAAAUUACCUGGUCAGUGGAUGGAGAGGUCAUUGAGCCAUCUCGCAGGAAGGUGGAAAUCAAGACUCUUCCACAUCACUCCACUUUGGUCAUUCGAGACACAGAGAAAAAGGACAGUGGAGUAUACAAGUUCAUGGUGGAAAAUUCUGUUGGAUCAGACAUGGUCAACAUUCCUGUGCAUGUCAUUGAUCGCCCAGGUCCACCAGAGGGCAAACCAGUCAUUGAAAGCAUCACCAAAUUCUCUGUCAAACUGUCAUGGCUGCCACCAGCAGACGACGGUGGCUCAGAAAUCACUGGCUACAUCGUGGAAAAGCUGGACAUGCAGACUGGGGUUUGGCGACGAGCCCUGACCACCAGGAUGCCCCAUGCCACUGUGGAAUGUCUGGAGGAGUUCAAAGAACACAAGUUCAGAGUGUUUGCUGAAAACUUCAUUGGAAUCAGUGAACCGGGAGAGGAGACAGACAAGGUGGUAACCCGAGAGGCGGUGCCCGAUAUGGACUAUGACGAUCUCUACGAUGCAAGCUUCAGAGGCAACGAUGUGAAUAUUGACAAGAUCAAGGGAGACGUGCUCAGCAAGUACAUUAUCUGUGAAGAGCUGGGCAGGGGAGCGUUUGGAGUUGUCCACCGUGCCAUUGAGAGAGCCUCAAACAAAAACUGGGCGGCCAAGAUGAUCCGCUGUAAACCUCACGAGAAGGAGGUGGUCAGACAUGAAAUUGACAUGAUGAAUGAACUACACCAUCCCAAACUUCUACAACUCCAUGAAGCCUUUGACCAGGCAGGAGAAAUGGUCAUGAUCCUAGAACUGUUGACCGGUGGUGAAUUGUUUGACCGCCUGGUAGAACAAGAGUAUGAUUUGACUGAAAAAGAAUGUAUCACCUACAUGAGACAGAUCUGUCAGGGAGUUCGACACAUGCACCAGCAAAAUCUGGUUCACCUUGACCUCAAGCCCGAGAAUGUGAUGUGUGUAACCAAGGAAAGCACUGAUGUUAAGAUCAUUGACUUUGGCCUUACCCAGAGACUAGAGGAGGGCAAAAAUGUCAAGGUCCUGUUUGGCACUGCUGAAUUCUGUGCCCCGGAGAUCAUCAACUUUGAACCUGUGUCUUUCACCACUGACAUGUGGUCACUUGGAGUAGUGACCUAUGUUUUGUUGAGUGGAUAUUCACCAUUUGCUGGAGAAACUGACCACGAGACUUUUGUGAACAUUAAUCGAUGUGACUAUGACUUUGAUGAUGAAGUGUGGCAGAACAUCUCGGAAGAAGCCCGAGAUUUUAUCAAGAAACUCCUUAUCCCUGACAAGAGCAAACGAAUGACAAUCUUUGAUGCUUUAGACCAUCCUUGGCUUAAUGGAACUGCUGAGAAGAAACUGACAGGGAAACCACUGUCUCGUGCCCACCACAAGGAAUACCGCGACAGGAAACACCACAAAGAGGAUGACCUUGACAUUCUACCCAUGGGCCGCUUAGCCAGAAACAGUGCAAUCUUCCGAAAGGAGGGUGAUGAAGGCGUAAUGUCCAGACAGCUUGUACUGGAGUUACCUCCCCAUGCCCCAUUAAUGGUGGAGCCCCUGACCGAUGCCCAUGGGUAUGAAGGAUCCCAUGUGGAGCUGACUUGUAAAAUCAGUGGAAAACCUGUUCCAGUCAUUCACUGGUAUCUUGAGGGCGAGGAGCUGACCCACGGAAGGAAGUUCCACAUGACUUACCAUGACCAUUUUGCAUCCCUUUUCAUUGGUGACCUUGAUGUGGAGGAUGCUGGCAAGGUCAAAUGUAAAGCUGUUAAUGAACAUGGUGAGGCCUUCACCACAGCCAGGAUUUCAGUAGAAGACCUGCGCAGAAAGAAGAAAAAGAGAGAAAAACAACCCGCAGAAAUGUUGCCUAAACUCAAACUGGAUAGACAUGACUAUGACACCUCUUUACACGACACAAAUGUCCCACCCAAGUUUACCCUGCCCCUGAUAGACCAGGUCAAAAAGGUCAGGGAGACAGUGGAACUCACUGUGACAGUAACUUGUCGUCCAGAACCAGAAGUUCAGUGGUUCCAUAACAAUGUCCGAAUCAAGUCCUCCAAACACUAUGACCUUGAGCACAUCAAGGGCGUGUACAGGCUGAUAAUCCACGAAGUAAAUCCAGAUGACGCUGGAACCUGGAAAUGUGAGGCCACCAACAAGUAUGGCCAGUCGUGGUGCUCAUGUGAACUCAAGGUCGUCGAAACUAUUCCUGAUGGAUCUGUUCAGCCUAAAUUCAUCCAGUGUCUGGAAGACAGCACCAUUGAGGAGGGAAGCUCUGUCAGACUGGAAUGCAAGGUCAAAGGUCAACCAAAUCCACAAGUGGAAUGGUACAAAGACCGUAAAUUGCUGCAUUCUGGCCGUCACUACCGCAUUACCGUGGAUGAAGAUGUUCAAACACUGACCAUUCAUGACGCCUUCUCUGACGACACUGGACGAUACAUGUGUCGUGCUGUCAAUGUGGUGGGCUCCACCACGACAGAAUCCUACGUCAAAGUACAGAGAGCUACAGUGCAAGUAUCAGACUUUUCUUUCCCACGACCGGAGGUGGCGCCACUGUACGCUGCCGAAUUGUCGCGACUUUCUGAGGCCCCCACAAUGAAAUACAAAGUGGAAGAGGCGCCGAACUUCACAGCCAAACUGCGGGACAAGACAGUACCAGAAUUCAGCCAUGUUCGCUUCAUGUGCUCCGUGACUGGACUCCCAGCCCCAAGGAUCAUCUGGAAGAAGGAUGGCAAAGACAUCACCAACAACUCUAACUACUUUAUCUCGAACCAGCAUGGUCUGCUGACUCUGGAGAUCUUCUCGGUAUCUGAGCAGUUUGCUGGUACCUACACCUGUACCGCUACCAACUCAGAAGGAGAAGUGACCUGCUCAGGUCAUCUCAAUGUCCUCGGAACUGAAAGAGAGACCAGUCCAGAGGCAGAUCUCACACCAAAGUUCACAACCCCUCUACAGGACAUUUCUGUUACUGCCGGAGAGGAAGUGGUUUUCACUUGUGUUGCCAAGGGCAACCCCAUGCCUCACUUCAAAUGGCAAAAAGAUGGAAUGAAUGUGACAGACUCGAGGCGGGUCUACAUGGGAUCAGACUCCGACGGCAAUGCUGAGCUCAUCAUACGCAGUGCUAGAACCAGUGACUCUGGUCUAUAUUGUGUCAUCGCGCAAAAUUCAGCAGGCCGCAGCAAAUGUUCAGCUUACCUUAGGGUCAAGGCUAAAUCAAAGUCAGCUUCUCCCCCUGAGAGCCCCGACUCGAUGGAGGAGGGAGCCAUGUGGUCCCAGAGAACGGAGCGAGGAUACGAGAAGCUCAAACCCCUGGACAUUCCCGGCGGUCGCAUGCCACACUUCUCGAUGGCCCUCCCCAAAGUGAUUGAACUGGACGAGGGAGACAAGCUCCAUUUGGACUGCACUGUGGAGGGAUGGCCCAGACCCACGUUGACCUGGUACAAAGGGGAACGUGAACUGACCUAUGACUUCCGGCACAAGAUCAGUGCAUUCCAGAACAUGCACACCCUCGAGGUGAACGAAGUCCUUUACUCUGACAGCGGGGAAUUUGUGGCCAGAGCUUCUAAUGCAAUGGGAAGCAUGGAAUCCAAAUGUGUUGUCCGCGUCACCAGGAAGUCCGCCAGAAGAGCUGGAGAGGACAUGGCCACAGCAGAUGCACAGAAAGCAGCAGACAAUAUGGAUAAAGGAUUUGCUCCCUUCUUCAUCAAGCACCUGCCCGCUUCAGUGGAUGUCAUGGAAGGAUUUAACAUUCAGUAUGACUGUUAUGUAGAAGGGGACAUUACUCUGAUCAAAACUAAACAAACUGAAAUGAAACAAGUGAAAAAAUCCCUGGAGUCCUCAGGCUUCGAAGGGAACUACAAAGACAUACCCAUGAUGGGAAUUCCGCCUAUGGCAACCAUUCCUGAACCAAAAUCCAGCGGGAGGGGUGCAGGACGCUCAAAGACGGCCAAGUCCUCCCCAAGGUUUGUGGAGGAAUUGGAGGACAAGCAGUUCCGAACUGGCAGCAUUGCCAUGUUGUCAGUGGUGGUGGAAGCCAUGCCAGAGGCUGAAAUCACCUGGUUUAAAGAUGGCAAGGAAAUAGGACACAGCGAUCGCUAUGAAGUAUUUUUUGAGGAUGGUGCUUACAACAUUGAAAUUUAUGACACAGUUUUAUUGGACACUGGAAUUUACAAGUGUGUGGCAACAAACACCAUGGGCUCUGCUGAGUCUCAAGCCAAAAUUACGAUACUAGCUCGAGAUGAAAUGGACGAUUUUUUAGCUGAUCUUGAGAAACAUGAAACAGAAGACAAUAGCGAUGUAAGGAACUCGACAGCCAUCGAUGAGUUUCCAGAAAUCACUAAAAAAAAAUUUGCCCCCUGCUUCAUAGUAGAACUGGAACCACAAAUCAAUGUACAAGUUGGGGAAGACGUCAAAUUUGUCUGCAUCAUCAACGAUGCUGUCCAGAAAACUCACUGGGAGAAAGACGGGAAGAGAUUGUACAACGAUCGACGGACAAAGAUCAGCUCGGAGUCGGAUGGAACACAGCAGAUGGAAAUUUCUGUUACACAGACGUCCGACUCCGGCAAAUAUUCCUGUAUAGCAACAACUCUGACGGGAGACAUCAAAACCGUCACAGAUUUAAAUGUGUCAGAUAAAGGGAAACUUCCCGUUUCAACCAGUGUUAAUGACAAACCCAAAUUUGAAAAACCUCUGAGAGACCGAUUCUGUAAGGACGGGUCUUCGGUUACUCUGGAGUGCGUCAUCAGUGGAAACCCUCGUCCCAGAACUGCCUGGUUCAGGGAAGGGGAGGAAAUCCUGGAUUGCCAAGACUUUCAGAUCAGUAAUAUAGGGGACAAGAGCACCCUGACCAUCAUAGAAGUAUUUCCUGAGGACGAAGGUCAUUACAGCUGUAAAGCGACCAACAGCGAAGGGGAGAUAACUACCACCUGUCAGCUCCUGGUCGAAGAGGAGAACCAGUUUAACAAAGAUGCCACCUAUUCUGUUGACUCUGCUUCCAUUUCAUCCACUUCCUCAUUUAGUCGUGGAGGAAGCCAAGCUAGAAGUGUUGAUGCUGACCACACACAUGAAUUCUUGGUGGACCCGGUUUCAAAGCGACUGGUUCGCGACAGAAAGUCAGCUGAUAGGAAGUCUCUGGACAGGAAGGCAGGGAAGCCCGAGAAACAGCCGGAGUUCAUCACAAAACCCCGCCGACAGUUCACGGACGAGGGUCAGACUGCCAAAUUCAAAACCUCCUACGAUGGUCCACCAAACACAAAAUUAUUGUGGACCUUCAAUGGCAUGGUGUUGUCAAAUGACGCCAAACACAAGAUUUAUCAGGAGAAAGAGGUCCAUUGGUUGGAGGUUUGCGAUGUGACGGCUAAGGAUGCGGGGUUGUACACUUGUACGAUACAGAAUGCGACAGGAAGCUCCCAGGCCUCUGCAGAACUAGAAGUGCUCGUGAAACCUAAACCUGUGUCCAAGAGGGGAUUUGUGGGUCCAGAAGUGGCCAUUGCUCUGAGUGACCAGGCCGUAACCCCAGACCAGAAGUCUGUCGUGCUGGAGUGUAAAUUCUCAAAUGCCAUUGAUGCCAAUACAACAUGGUACAAAGAUGGUCGCAAAUUGAAUUCUGGAUACUUUGCCAAACAAACCUUUGACGGUCGUUUAGCUCGCCUGACCUUGAACAAGGUCUCCGACAGAGAAAUGGGGUCGUAUGAAUGUGUGGCCUCAAACAGUGGUGGAGAGGUCAAAACUCAAGCCCAGCUAUCAUUCAGAGCGGCCAGCUCACGAUCUAUUCCACCCAAGUUUGCCGUUCCUUUGACAAAUCAGACGCUGUCUCCUGGAGAUCCACUGACACUGGAAUCCACGGUAACAGGAUAUCCGAGACCCUCCAUUAAGUGGUAUAGAAACAACAAGGAAAUUCGCUCGGGUAAAAACAUCAAGAUGGAGUUUGAUGGGUCAAAGGUCAAGCUGACCAUGUCUGAUGUACAGACCAGUGAUUCAGACUCGUACAAAUGUGUGGCUGAAAAUGAGGCUGGACAGGAUCAAAUCAAAGCUAAUGUGUCUGUGAUAGCUCCCUCCUCAGCUGCACCCAGUGAUUUCAAAGAGCCCCCCGUAUUUGUCAAAGAACUCGUGGACAUGGAGGCUAAUGACGGCGAUCGCGUGGAGCUGGUGGUUCAGGUCGAAGGUACCCCUCCUAUAGAGGUUGUGUGGGUUCAUAAAGACAAAGAGAUCAAUUUUGAAGAUCCGGUGUUUAAGAUGAAGUCGGAAGGCAGUGUCCAUCGUCUGAUAAUUCCGGAGGUACUGCCAGAAGAUACUGGAGAGUUUGUGUGUGAAGCGUACAAUGACUACGGAGAUACGGAUACGUUCUGUUUUCUGUGUGUCAGAGAAAUUUUAUCACAAACCUGCAUGCAACAUAACACUUCCUCCGAGUCAAGCUUUCAGCCAACUUAUUGUGAAUCCGAGUCAGAGAAAAGCUUGAGAUCGGACUCGGGCUACUUAACAGAAAAAAGUUACCAGAAACCGGACUUCAUAUUGAAGCCUCACAUGGUGGAGGUGAAUUCGGGAGGAAGUGCUAUAUUUCUGUGUAGGAUUACUGGUUCCCCUGCACCAAGUGUAGUGUGGGAAACAAACGGAAAAACAAUCAACAACGAUGGACGACAUAAGAUUACAUUUGGAGAAGACUGUGUCCUGGAAAUUGGAAGUGUAACUAACAGUGACAGUGGAAUAUACACAUGUAUACUCACAAAUCCAGCUGGGGUCGUUUCCAUGGAUACAAGACUUGUUGUCAAUGAUUCAGAUUUACCCAACAACCCCCCAUGUAGCAUUCCACCACCACAACAGUCUAUGCAUAGGGUUGUUGAGGAAAGAAUUGAGCAGAGGAAGUCUGCUAUGAACUGGAGUUCCCCAGGAGUUUCCAAGCCCAAUCAUCCUGAGGUAGUGAAAAUUUCAAAUGUGCCAAAACCACUGAGUGGUAAUUCUGUGUCUGAUAGGAUAGAAAAACUCAGGAAAUUAGAACAAAAACCACCAAAGAGUCAAGAAAUUCACGAUUUCAGAGGAGUGUUAAAAUCUAAACCCGCUUCCUCCGAGAGGAAAGACUAUAGAAGUCUGUUAAAACACAAAUCCGAUAACGAUCUUUUGAAAACGGGGAUAAACCUUGAGAAAAAACAUUCAGCGGGGCCUGAUCUAGGGACUGAUUUCAGAGAAAUUCUGUCCGUCAGGAAACAGUCACGAGAAGAACAAGUAAAACUGCAGAAUGAGAGAAAGUCCAACUCGUUCUCAGGAACACCAUCCAGGAAAGACAACUCCACCAGUUCUAUGGACUACAGGUCUGUAUUAAAUAGAAAGAGGAAUUCUGUGCCAAAAGAAGCACCACCAGUAGUGAAGAGAGACAACUUCUCAGAGAUGAAAGAGAAGUCAUCAAUUUCUCUGAAACAGGAGUCUAUAGCCAAUGCAUUACCACUGAAAUCUGAACCCUCCGACAACAAGCCUUCACCAUCACAAAGGGACACAGUUCAAAAUAGUGAAAUACUGGUCCAAUCCAAAUUUCAUACUCCUAAAGAGGAAACAAAUCAUCAGAAAAUUGAGGAAAAUACUCCAGAUCAAGGGACACAAUCCAUGCCUCUCCGUACAAGGAGACAAAGAGACUCACCAGCUGUGCAUGAAGUCCCCAUCUCAGAACCUUUACCCGAAGAAAGAGUGGAAAAAUUAGCACCACUGUCAGAUAAUGUUCAACCUCAGUCACACCCUCCAGUCCUUACUGAUGUCAUGGACGAAGUAGACAUUGAGAACUUGUUGGCUGUGCGAAGACAGAGACGCAGGCAAUCUCCUGCACACAAAGACUUCAUUCCACCCAAUUCUAGCAAUAUUGUGAACAUCCCGGUACUACAAACAGGGACGACAGAUUCUCAAACGUAUGUCUCAGGAAAUCCGGACAUGCGAGGAGUUCACUCCAAGGAGAUAACCUGUCAAAAUGUCUACAAAGAAGAGGAAAGUUCAAACAGCUCCAAAGUGAACAGUGAAAAAAAUGUGGAAGAUGACAGCAAAAUGACCACACAGGAAUAUUCUAAACCAAAAGCAAUCAUUUCUCAGAAUGUUGUGGAAAAUAAAGAUGAAGAUUUCAGAACUGUUCUUGCCAAUAGGAAAAACAGGAAUGCCAACAAUGUUAGAGACUCUGUAAGCCCUGUCGCAAAAAGUGAAAAUGAAAGAGACGUCUUAAGUGAUUGGAGGGCAAGACGACAGCAGAGGAAUCAAGACCAGGAAGGUCUGAAUGGGGAUGUGAAAUCGACAACGAAACUCGACAGUGUAGCUCACGAAUCAACGAAACCCAAAGAGGAGACAGCGAUAACUAGGCCUCCGUUGAGUAAACUGAAUUUAAAUUUAAAUCGCACCGAAAUGUCAUCUGAAAAUGGCAGUGUGAAAACUCCUGAAAAUAAUUCUGACGAUUUUCGAAGUAUUCUGUCAAGAAAAAGACGAACAAGUAAUAGUUUUAGUAAGAACGAUUCGAAGGAUAAUAAACCUCCGUCCAGCCCAAAGACAACAGAUUUCAGACAUGUUCUGACGCGACAUGUCAGCUACGUGGAAAAUCGACACCGCCAGCCUCCCUCCUUCAACACCCGACUGAAGGACAAGACUGUCACGGAGGGGGAUUCUGUGACCAUGGAAUGUCACAUCACCGGUGUGCCCCGCCCAGAAAUCACAUGGACCAUGAACAACAACCAAAUCAAACCGUCCAAGUUCUUUCGUAUGACCUAUGAUGACAAUCAUAUUGCUCGGCUAGUCAUCGCUGGAGCUUACCCAGAGGACGAUGGAGUUUACGUCUGUACAGCCAGUAACAGCACAGGAUCCGACUCGACCAGCUGUCAUCUCUUUGUGAAAGAACUUGCGAGCGCCACGGACCACUCAGAGGAGGAGUGUGGAAUGAGGAAGGAGGACUCGACCGGUGAGGGCACCUGUACAGAAGACGAGUUUGCUGACACGCUGGAGGCCCCGGUCAUCCAUGAGAUCAAUCCCUCCACUGUCAACACCACCCUUGGUCAGAAGAUCACUAUCCAAGCCUCCUUUACCUCUGACGAAAAACCCAGCAUUGAGUGGCGGAAGGGGACCUCACUGCUGAAAACUGAUGAUUCCAUGUCAGUGAACACAUCGGAGCAUUUCAGUCGCCUCACCAUCAACCAGGUCAAGGUCACUGACGCUGGGAAGUACAAGAUAACAGUGAACAACAGCAUUGGCCAGACAACUGCGAUGUCCACAGUGAACGUGCAUGAUGUACCAGGACAGGUGUCUGGUCGACCUUAUGCUUCUGAUGUAAACCUGCGCUCUGUGAUCCUGUCCUGGGGUGGCCCCUCCACAGACGGGGGGAGUCCUGUCAUGGGGUACCGGGUGGAAAUGUGUGAGGCGGAGAAAGAAAUAUGGCAGACCCUCACAGAUCAAUGUCAUAGUACAUCAUACCACGUAGCUGACUUACUUCCACACACGCCAUAUUUUUUCCGUGUGACAGCCAAGAACAAGCACGGAUACGGAAAACCUAGCGACACAUCAGCUGUCAUCGUCACCAAGGAUCGCAGGUCGUCCCUGCGUUUGUCUGUCGAUUCUGAUGAUGUUUUUGUGAUGUCACCGACCUCGCCCACGGGGUCGUACAUGUCCAUAUUUUCCCCCACAGAAGAAGAUUUGCCCUUUGAACCAAAACUUGUGGCACUGCAACAAGAAAAGAAAUUCGAGCACGAUUAUGACCUGCAAGAUGCAAUAGGAAAGGGAAAAUUUGGAAAAGUCCACAAAUGCUUAGAAAAAACAUCAGGCAAAACAUUUGCCGCUAAAAUCGUCAAAUGCAGAUCUCAGAAAGAAAAAGAAAAUCUGAGACAAGAAGUGGAGAUAAUGAAUUUACUAACUCACCCCAAGCUUCUGAUGUUGUGGGAUGCUUUCGAGACAGCAAGAAACGUGGUCCUCGUGAUGGAAUAUGUAGCAGGAGGAGAACUUUUUGAUCGAGUUGCCGACGAGGAUUUGGAGUUAACAGAGUGUGACUGCGUUCAUUUCAUGCGCCAGAUCUGCCAGGGCUUGCAGUAUAUGCAUUUAAAAUCUAUUCUGCAUCUGGAUUUAAAGCCCGAAAACAUUCUGUGUGUGAACAAGGACAAUAACUUAGUCAAAAUCAUUGACUUUGGCCUCGCUCGGCGCCAUAAGGAAGGUGAAAGUCUACGAGUGAUGUUCGGAACACCGGAGUUCAUUGCUCCAGAAGUUGUGAACUACGAGGAGAUUGGAUUCCCGACAGACAUAUGGAGUGUCGGGGUCAUUUGUUAUGUCUUGCUGUCUGGUUUGUCUCCCUUUAUGGGGGAUUCUGAUGUUGAGACUCUGUCUAACGUAACGAGGGGUGAUUAUGAUUUUGAUGAUGAGGCAUUUGAUGAGAUAUCAGACCUUGCAAAAGAUUUCAUCAACAAAACAAUCAAACUAAACAAAAGGAAAAGAUAUACAAUAGAUCAGUGUUUAGAGCAUCCCUGGAUCGCAAGAUCUGAAAGAAACAGCUCAAAGAAACUACGGCAAAGUCUGAGAAAUCUGAAGCAAUUCAUGGCACGUCGGAAAUGGCAGAAAAUGGGAAAUGCCAUUCGAGCUAUCGGACGGAUCUCAAUGCUUCAGAAGAGCCGUAGUGGAAGUGAUAGCUCUGUACAAAGUGAUUCAGACGUUUCGUCACAAACUGACACCCUUUCCUCGUCUCGACCGUCGUCAAUUGGGUCAGAGGACAAAUCAGAUCUCAGGCAGACAGAACCAUCUAAAGUAGUGUUCAACAUACCAACUCAGCAACCGUCUCAUCAAAACUCGGUUCUGCUCGAUCAAGCAGAGAACAUUUCAGACCUUCAGUUGACUUUUCUCAAAGAGAUGGUUGACUGUGAGGCAUUUCUUGGUGACAAUGCAAGAUUUGAUGUUCAAAUAGGAGUGAAUACAAAACUGCCACCUAGUGUUCAGUGGUAUUACGAAGGGGAGAUAAUUCAGAGUGAUGGACAGCAAUUUGUGAUCAAUGAAUUCUCAAACAAUGGUGAAUACUCACUGACCGUAAAAAGUGUGGGUGGCAGCAAUGAAGGUGAAUACACCUGCAAAGUGACGUGUGGUGGUCAAGUAAUUACCUGUAGUGCUGACUUAAUUUUAAAUGAUGCAGGUGCAUUGUAAAUGUUUUUAAUAUUGUGCAAUAAGGUCUUUAAUACGUUUAAUUUUGACCUUCCAAUCAAAUGAAAAGACUACCAUGAAAUGAGGAAACCAUACUGCUAUUAUCCUUAGCUUAAUUUAUUCUUUGUUAGAUUAAAACCUCUUGUUUAUAAUGUCUAGGACAGUGUAUGUAAGAUGGACCUUUAGGCUUAGUGUCUGUCUUUUAUGAUACAACUUUGGGGUUUGAGACUAGCCAUGAUAUACCCUGAACUUCCCAGCUAGCUUUCAUCAUUGUAACCAGCUGAUGGGUGCUCUUAAAUCCUAAUUUUUCGAUUUCGGACCCUUAAAACUUAUGACAAGACACUUCGCUUUAAGCUAUCCAGAACUCCAAAUAUUUCAUUGCAAUGCAGUGGUGUUAUUUAUUUGAUAGGAUGAGGGAUAUACAAUAUGUGUGUAAUAAUGACUGUAAACUUGUAGGAUGAGGAUGUUAACAUUUUCUACUUAAAGAGAAGUUUCAAAUUCCCUGAACCUGAUUUGGAUCUCUCUUUUUGUACAAAAUCACCAUGAUCGUUUCUUGGGAUCAUACACUGUACUAAACAUUUUGAAAUAAAACUUUAGAAAAUAA